AUUAAACGCCAGCUCAACGUUAAGGAAAAUCAAGCAUCUCGAUUACUAUGGUGUUUUCUGUCGUUGCAUUGAAAUGUUUCCUCUAUCUAUUGAAAGGAGCUCUCCAAGGUAGCUGAAAUACUAGACUCGAAACAGAACUGAUAUGUUCUACUUCAAGAUAAGUGAAUGACUCUUGACAUAACAUUGGGUCAGCUUAAACUGAACAGCCUUAAGCCUCUGCUUAUGCAAUGUUUGCUAUGGAUUAACCACAGGUAUAAUGCGGCUUUUUAAUCACAUUCUUUUCCCUUUAUUUUUGGAAGAAAAUAAGAUUUUUCUCCUAGUUUUAUAAAUAUAAUAAUAAUAAUAAUAUAAGAAAUUCAUUAAACAAUGUACAUAACAAGUAAUAGAUACUCACCUUUGAACUUCCUGCAUUUGUUGCAAAUCACCAGGAUUUGCAGCCUCCCACAGUGAGCACUGGAUUGUAUAGUAAGUAGCUGAUACUUGUAAGAUUACAAUGUUUUGUUUUUUUAAAGGAUGUCCAUAGAAUAUUUAUGGGAUAUGUAGUUCAGCACGUACAAGCUUCAAAAUUGUAUUCCUUACACUGUAGUUCCCUCUGCCGCAUGCCCCUUUCUCUUUGUUCCCAGUCAUUCCCAUUUACUUUGCCACCGCAUCAGUAAUGUACGUACCUUCCUCACUACCUCAGACAUGGGUUGGACAGUUAUUGAAACUCUAAUUCUUCCUUGCAGGACGUUACACAUUAUCAGUGUGUGCAGUUUGGGAAGGCAGGAACAGUAACUAACAUAAACUAUUGAUCCCUUCCAGCACACAUGUCAGUGCUCAUGCUGGCAGACAAUUGGCACUGGUUUAAAAAUUAUACUUAUGAGGGUGGCAAAAUGCCAACCUCAUCUGAGUACCACCUGAGUCCUUUGCGCCCGCCAGGAACUGUGUAGGGUUGGCCCUUAGAUUUUUUUGCACAACUGUAAAACAUUUGCUUCUAUGUAAACAAAUGAUUGGCACACAUUUCUAGGGUUGAAUAGAUGUGCCCCUAAUAUCUUCCUUACAAAAAUAGAACUUGGAGUCAUUAUGAUCCACAUUUCUUUGAUUAAUUACAUAUCGCACCAGGUUUAUAAUAAGCUGUUUUUCUUGUAUGGUGUGCAGGUGUCUUUUUUAGUAAAUCUUUUAAAAUGUUAACAUUAUAUAGCGGUGUCCCAAAUAGACAUCAUCUAAAUCUGUAACUUCUUUUUCAUGCAUACCAUUGCCAUCACUUUGGUUGCUGUUUAAUGGCAGUUGUUUUGGUAUAGGGCUUUCAUGUCCUAAUAAAACAUUUAUUAAUACUAUAAUGAUGGUCAUUUUCAUGGCUGACACAUUAUUUGCCACACUUAGCUUUCUGAAUUCAGCGAGUCCGUAAUAUUUGCAGAAUAACCUUACUUUCGGCCUUUCUUUUGAUUGUACAAUUACUGGAAAAUUAUUUCUGUAAUGUCGACAUUUUCUACAAGACAUCUUGAGGCCUCAUUUUAAUCAUCAAACAGGCAGGGUUCCGAUCUCAUUGUGCAGUUAAUGUGCCAAAGUCAAUUCUAGCUGGUCAAUUGGCAUGAUCAAAGUAUAAGCAAUGUCAUUAUGAUAGGGCACUGGAUAUGCCCAAAGCUUUUUCUACGUGUAAAUUUAUCUGGCCAUUGAUAUUCUGAGCAAAUGUCUCCAUCAAUUGCCUUAUUUACCAAACCUACAGUAUAAAAAUGCUUGCAAUGUUGAAUAAUGCCAAGUAUCGGGGUUGUUGCUAUCUUCUAACAAUAACUGGAGCCUCAGCAUAAACCAAAACUAAUUGAUCGCUUCCCAAGGCGCCAUUCUUUGGUUUCUUGCAACAGUAUAUUGCACAUUUAAUUAAAUCCUUUAAAUGAUGGGAUACAAAUUGUGUAUUAUUUUGUAACAAUAGAAUACAUUGCCUUAAAAAGGUUAGUGGAGGGGUGCAAACAGGGCUGGGUUUACCCUUUUUACUACCUCAUGGCCAGUUUCCUCACUCCACAUCCCAUAUUUAUAUAUAUAUAUAUAUAUAUAUAUAUAUAUAUAUAUAUAUAUAUAUACACACACACACACACACACACACACACACACACACACACACAUAUAUAUACACAUUGAACAAAAUUAUAAACAAACACUUUUGUUUUUGCCCCCAUUUUUCAUGAGCUGAACUCAAAGGUCUUAGACUUUUUCUAUGUACACAAAAGGCCUAUUUCUCUCAAAUAUUGUUCACAAAUCUGUCUAAAUCUGUGUUAGUGAGCACUUCUCGUUUGCCGAGAUAAUCCAUCCAUCUCACAGGUGUGGUAUAUCAAGAUGCUGAUUAGACAGCAUGAUUAUUGCACAUGCGUGCCUUAGGCUGGCCCCAAUAAAAGGCCACUCUAAAAUGUGCAGUUUUAUCACACAGCACAAUGUCACAGAUGUUGCAAGUUUUGAGGGAGCGUGCAACUGGCAUGCUGACUGCAGGAAUGUCCACCAGAGCUGUUGCCUGUGAAUUCAAUGUUCAUUUAUCUACCAUAAGUUGUCUCCAAAGGCCUUUCAGAGAAUUUGGCAGUACAUCCAACCGGCCUCACAACUGCAGACCACGUGUAACCAGGGCCAUCUUAAAGGUGGGGCAAACAGGGCAGCUGCCCUGGGCUCUUUUACUUCUAGGGGGUCCAAGGCAGCUGCCAUGUGGGCCCUGCUGCCCUCAACAACUUUCUCCACCCCUUCCCUUCCCCCAUGGGCCCCUGGUGCAUCCUGUGGACGCACACUAAGGAGGCCCACAGGAUGGCCCAUGUACCAUGGGCCACCCGAUGGGCAAUUGUAAGCAGGGGCCCGGUCGUGCGCUGUGGCCCUUUAACAGCAGUCCCUUUGCUUUUUGGCAGCAUGGGAGGAAGUGAUUGCAGUGAGUCACUUCCUCCCAGAGAGACACGCACGGGAGAGACCACACCAGGGAAGCAGAGAGGAGGGGGGCUGGUUCGGAUUGUCAGUUGGCAACCCCCAACAGCCUCAGCCACCACACUGGAUACCAGGGAAGCAAUCCUUUAAGGUAGGAAACGGGGAGUAGAUUUAAAAGAGUGAAUGUGUCAGUAUGUCUGUCUGUCAGUAUGUCUGUGUGUCUGUCAGUGCAUGUCUGUGUGUCUCAGUAUGUCUGACAGUGUAAGUGUGUCAGUAGCUUGUCUGUCAGUAUGUCUGUGUCUGUCAGUGUAUGUCUGUGUGUCAGUAGGUUGUCUGUCAGUAUAUGUGUGUGUCAGUGUAUGUGUCAGUAUGCCUGUCAGGGUAUGUGUGUGUCGGUAUGCCUGUCAGGGUAUGUGUCAGUAUGCCUGUCAGUAUGUUUGUGUCUGUGUGUGUCAGUAUGUCUGUCAGUGUGUUUGUGUCUGGGUGUGUCAGUAUGUCUGUCUGUGUCAGCAUGUCUGUCAGUAUAUAUGUGUGUCCAGGGGCAGACUGACAACUUACAGGGCCCGCGGGCAAUGGGAGACCAAGGGCCCCCUUCUGGUGCAAUGUUUUUUAGAUACUGCUACUUUUCUCCCCCUUCUUUGUGAUGCAUGCUGCCCUGCACCCAUAAUGGCUGUCUGAGAACCACACAGUCAUGAUUCCCACACGGUUUUGCUUUUAAGAGGUUAAUCCAACCAAAAACAGUGUUUUUAUAAAACACUGUUUUUGAAAGGAGUAACCCUGACUGGCAUGCUUCGACCCCCCUAUUCCCACUAAAAUAAACAAAUAAAGCCAAUAUAAUUAUACGCUUUCUCUGUGUUUGCUGGUGACAUCACAAGCAGCGUCCCCCACAUUUGUUUUCAAUCAUACAAGUCCAUGUAAGUAGCCUCCAAACAUGUGUGUGGGAUGCUGCUUGUGAUGUUGGGUUCCUGUAUGUCAACGUGUUGUAUUAGAAUUGUUUGUCUUCUUUUACCUAUUGUACUGCGCUGCAGAAUAUGUUGGUGCUAUAUAAAUGGUUUUAAAAAUUGCAUGUGUGUGGUUUUCCAUGUGCGGGGAUGCUUCUUGUUGGACUGUGUGCAUAUAGUGAGGCUCCUGGUGGGUUUGCGUGUCUGUAUGAGGCUGUUUGCAGUGUAGUAUGUUGGUAGAGACGGCUAGUUGUGUUGCAGUGUGUGGUAGAGGCUGUUGUAUGUGUGUGGGAUAGGCUGUAGUAGGCGUCUGGGGGAUACUGGGGCUGUAGUUUGUGUUUGUAUGAAUAAUAGAGGCUCAACUGUGUAGGGGAUAUAAAGGCUGCAGUUUGUGUGUGUGGGCAGUGGCUGCAGUGUGUGGGAUAUGCUGUUUCUGCCAGGCUGCUCCUCCGCUUCAGCCGCUCAGCAGAUUCAGGAGGAGAGGAGGAGUUCUGGAAGUGAUGUCACUUCCCCUCUCCCAGGCCCCGCCCCCUCACAUGGAGCUCCGCACAGAGAGUAUGGAGGAGACCUGGCAGCAGCAGGAUUGCCGCCAGGUCUCACUCAGUAGGUGAGAGGACACAUCGGGGCAACAAAUCCUGUGUAACUGUGCCUCUCUGCAGCCAGAGUGAGUGCAUGGCUGUUUACCCGGCCGGGCCCCUGACUGCCUCGGGCCCUCGGUCAUUGACCAAUCUGCCCGAGUGGUCAGUCCACCCCUGCAUGUGUGUGUCAGUGUAUGUGCUGUGGCAAACCUAGCCACUUGGACUAAACAGAGACAAUAUGUUUUAAGGGUUGCCUGUAUCUUUAAUACCAUUGUAUAUGUGCCUGGUUGUAAUCUGAUGUAUGCUGUAUUGCCUGUAUUGGCUAUCUGCCGAAAGCAGAUAGUCCUUUUCUAUUUCGUUUCACGAACAGCACCUUUGCGAGCCGUUCGUGAACCGAAUGAACUAUCUUUUAAUAGCCCACACACUAAGGGACGUGUGGCGCUUGUUAACCGAUUGCAACAAUGUUGUAAUCGGUAAUUAGAGGCUCUCCUAGGUGGCCGCCGUUUGGCUACCGACCACACAGCGGUCGGCCAUCUUGGAUCCUUUGUUUCCAAGCGGUGUUUGGUCGUCGAGCGCAUGGAACUGAAAACGGCUACUCGACGGCGCGAACACCGCUGGGCUUCCAGACCGUUCGGGAGUCCCGGGCCGUUCGGUAGUUUGGUUCACCUCUAUCAAUCGGUACUUUUAACCUAUGUUAUAAAUAAUGUGUUUUUCGUGCGGCGUUCGGUUAGUUUAGCUGGGAUCUAAGCGGUAUUCUCACGAACUGUGUGGUCAGACCUCAGCUAUCUACCAAACGUCCAUUCGUGUAAAUCGACCAAGUAUUAAGGAAGUUAUAUAUGUUAAAGUAAAUUGCCGGUUCUGCUGCACGGAGGGAUAAUCCACUUAACGGUAUAUUCCAGUGGGAGUAUCCCUCUCGUGCAGCAGUGCCUGAUGGGAGAAAUGCCCAAAAUGUGAAGUCCCCCAUGUAGUCCCCUACUGUGUUACCCCUGCUAAGGCAGUAUGGAAACCCCUUGCAUGGGGACUUGUAUAAAUACUGGAGCUGCAAAUAAAAACCUCAGUUGACUCCCAGAACUGUGUUUCGUCCGGUUACUGGGGGAUUUGGGAUAUUGCCUUGCUUUUCAGCGCUGACUGUGGAUUACUGUAUGUACCAGCGGAAUUUGUGGGAUUUAAUAUCGCCGGUCCGCUACAUGUGCGUGUCAGUAUGUCUGUCUGUGUGUAUGUGUCAGUGUGUCUGUGUGUGUGUAUGUGUCAGUGUGUCUGUCUUUGUGUAUGUGUCAGUGUGUCUGUCUGUGUGUAUGUGUCAGUGUGUCUGUCUUUGUGUAUGUGUCAGUGUGUCUGUCUUUGUGUAUGUGUCUGUGUGUGUAUGUGUCAGUGUGUCUGUCUUUGUGUAUGUGUCAGUAUGUCUGUCUGUGUGUAUGUGUCAGUGUGUCUGUACGUGUAUAUGUCUGUGUAAGUAUGUAUGUGAAAGGUGCGAUUGCAUGCCAGGGAGUGAGGGGUGCCCAGGGGGCCCAAGAAAAUGCAUUGCCCAUGCUCCUAGUGAUAUUAAAGACAGCCCUGCAUGUAACCACCUUAGCCCAGGAACUCCACAUCCAGCAUCUCCACCUCCAAGAUCGUCUGAGACCAGCCACCCGCCAGCUGCUGCAACAAUCGUUUUGCAUAACCAAAGAAUUUUUGCACAAACUGUCAGAAACCGUCUCAGGGAAGCUCAUCUGCAUGAGAUACCGUGACGAGAUCCUGAGGUCCAUUGUUGUGCCAUUCAUCCACGACCAUCACCUCAUGUUGCAGCAUGAUAAUGCACGGCCCCGUGUUGCAAGGAUCUGUACACAAUUCCUGGAAGCUGAAAACAUCCCAGUUCUUGCAUGGCCAGCAUACUCACCGGACAUAUCACCCACUGAGCAUGUUUGGGAUGUUCUGGAUCAGCGUAUACCACAGUGUGUUCCAGGUCCUGCCAAUAUCCAGCAACUUCGCACAGCCAUUGAAGAGGAGUAGACCAACAUUCCACAGGCCACAAUCAACAACCUGAUCAACUCUAUGUGAAGGGGAUGUGUUGCACUGCGUGAGGCAAAUUGCAAUCACACCAGAUACUGACUGGUUUUCCGACCCCCCCAGACCCUCCCAAUACAGUAAAACUGCACAUUUUAGAGUGGCCUUUUAUUGUGGCCAGCCUAAGGCACACCUGUGCAAUAAUCAUGCUGUCUAAUCAGCAUCUUGAUAUGCCACACCUAUGAGGUGGAUGGAUUAUCUCAGCAAAGGAGAAGUGCUCACUAACACAGAUUUAGACAUGUGUGUGAACAAAAUUUGAGAGAAAUAGGCCUUUUGUGUACAUAGAAAAAGUCUUAGAUCUUUGAGUUCAGCUCAUGAAAAAUGGGGGCAAAAACAAAAGUGUUGCUUUUAUAUGUUUGUUCAGUGUACAUAUGCAAAAGUGUGGGGUAUUCAAUUGGAUGCGUUAAUGUGAGUAGUUUGGGUUAUGAUUGGAUUAGGAAUGUGGCUAGGUGGGUGGUUGGAUGAUAAGUGGCACAAGACUGGGAAAGGAUGUGUGUUUGUGUUAAGGCAGCUUCAGGUGUUGCGUUUGUAGGGGGAGGCUGCUUGUGGUGUUGUAUGUUUGUGGAGAGUCUGCUUGUGAGAUCUCAAAAACGUAGCGCGCAUCCGCGUCUAUUUAACGCCAGAUGCGGCUAAGGUGCUGGUCCAUGCUCUUGUUCUCUCUUGCCUUGACUACUGCAAUCCCCUUCUCAGUGGUUUUACGCGUUCCCAGAUUGCACCGCUGCAAUCUAUAAUGAUGAGGCAGCCUGGCUCAUUUUCCUGUCUGCUCGCACCUCCCACGCCUCCCCGCUCUGUCAGUCCCUGCAUUGGCUUCCAGUUAGAUAUAGGGCUCAAUAUAAAAUUCUGGUCCUUGCUUACAAGUCCCUAUAUAAUGCUGCUCCAACAUACCUAUCCUCCCUAAUACACAAGUAUGUCCCGUCGAGUCCCCUACACUCUGCCAAAGACCUACGUCUAUCCUCUGUCCGUACUCCCACCUCUAAUGCUCGCCAUAAAGACUCCUCCAGGGCUGCACCUCUUCUGUGGAACUCCCUUCCCUUCUCCGUAAGAUUUUCACCCAGUCUCCACUCAUUCAAAAAUCAUUGAAAACUCACUUCUUCAAGAAAGCAUAUCAAUUAAACUGUUAGCAGGUUUUUAUCCCCCAUCUCCAGGACUCCUCUCCUGCAACUGUCAAAAAUUACCUACUAAGCCCUCAGUGAAUACUUUUCUAACAACCUACUUUGUACCCCUACUUUUACCCUCUGUGUCACUAUGCCCCACUCCCUCUAGAAUGUAAGCUCAUUGAGCAGGGCCCUCCACCUCUCUGUUCCUUUACGUCCAGUUGUCUGGUUACAAUUACAUGUCUGUUAGUCCACCCAUUGUACAGCGCUACAGAAUCUGAUGGCGCUAUAUAAAUAAUAAAAUAAUAAUAAUUGUGUUGGACUGGCUGCUUGUUAUGUGCAUUUCUGAUGGUAAGCUGCUUGUGGGAUUGUGUGUGUGGGGAUGCUGCAUGUGAGGUUGUGCAAAUGGGAGAGGCUGCUUUUAGGGAGUUUUCAGGGUUGCAUUUGUUGGGGAGAUGCUGCUUGUGUGGGGGAAAGGAUGCUUGUAUUGUUGCAUGUGUCGGAGGGAAGUUGUUGUGGGGUAAUGUGUGUGAAUGGGCUGUUGGUAGACUAGUAUAUGUGUGUGUAUGCGUGUAAAUAGGGACUGUAGUGUGUGUGCUUGGGAGGAUAGGGGCUGUAGUGUGUGUGCUGGGCAGGAGAGGGGCUGUAGUGUGUGUGCUGUGGAGGAGAGGGGCUGUAGUGUGUGUGCUGGGGAGGAUAGGGGCUCUAGUGUGUGUGCUGGGGAGGAGAGGGGCUGUAGUGUGUGUGCUGGGGAGGAGAGGGGCUGUAGUGUGCGAAUUGGGGAGGAUAGGGGCUGUAGUGUGUGUGCCUGGGAGGAUAGGGGCUGUAGUGUGUGUGUUGGGGAGGAGAGGGGCUGUAGUGUGUGUGCUGGGGAGGAGAGGGACUGUAGUGUGCGAAUUGGGGAGGAUAGGGGCUGUAGUGUGUGUGUUGGGGAGGAUAGGGGCUGUAGUGAGAUAAUGACUAAAGUGGGAUUAUAAUGGUCAUAGCAGCAGGUAUUCUCUAAUUUACAUUAUUAUUAUUAUUUAUCAAGCGCCAAUAAAUUCCACAGGGCAGUACACCCCAUGUUGGCAGGAUACCCCAGGCUGGCAGGAUACCCCAUGUUGGCAGGAUACCCCAGGCUGGCAGGAUACCCCAUGUUAGCAGGAUACCCCAGGCUGGCAGUAUACCCCAUGCUGGCAGGAUACCCCAUGUUGGCAGUACACCCCAGGCUGGCAGUAUACCCCAGGCUGGCAGUAAACCCCAUGUUGGCAGUACACCCCAGGCUGGCAGUAUACCCCAUGUUGGCAGGAUACCCCAGGCUGGCAGGAUACCCCAUGUUGGCAGGAUACCCCAUGUUGGCAGGAUACCCCAGGCUGGCAGUAAACCCCAUGUUGGCAGUACACCCCAGGCUGGCAGGAUACCCCAGGCUGGCAGUAUACCCCCAUGCUGGCAGUAUACCCCAUGUUGGCAGUACACCCCAGGCUGGCAGUAUACCCCAGGCUGGCAGUAAACCCCAUGUUGGCAGUACACCCCAGGCUGGCAGUAUACCCCAUGUUGGCAGGAUACCCCAGGCUGGGCCGGUCUGGGGGCGGUAGGUGGGCAGUCCCGGGCGGUAGGUGGGCAGUGGGGCGGUAGGUGGGCAGUCCCGGGCGGUAGGUGGGCAGUGGGGCGGUCUGGGGGCGGUAGGUGGGCAGUGCCGGGGGCGGUAGGUGGGCCGGUCUGGGUGGCAGUAUGUUAGGGCCGGGCUAUGAGAAGGCAGGGCCGGGGCUGCAGCUAUCUGAGUAUCACCCGAGCUGCUCCCACCAACACCGCAUCUCACAGAGCCACCGGCACCGGGUCCUACCGGGCAAUGUAGGUAAUCUCUGCACGGGCACGGCUGCUAUAUAAUAACUGGCAUAUAAUAACUGGCAUGGGAUGGCUGGUAUAUAAUAACUGGUAUAUAAUAACUGGUAUAUAAUAACUGGCAUAUAAUAACUGGCAUGGGAUGGCUGGUAUAUAAUAACUGGUAUAUAAUAACUGGUAAAUAAUAACUGGCAUAUAAUAACUGGCAUGGGAUGGCUGGUAUAUAAUAACUGGUAUAUAAUAACUGGCAUAUAAUAACUGGCAUGGGAUGGCUGGUAUAUAAUAACUGGCAUAUAAUGGCUGGUAUAUAAUAACUGGCAUAUAAUAACUGGCAUGGGAUGGCUGCUAUAUAAUAACUGCUAUAUAAUAACUGGCAUGGGAUGGCUGGUAUAUAAUAACUGGUAUAUAAUAACUGGCAUAUAAUAACUGACAUGGGAUGGCUGGUAUAUAAUAACUUUUAUAUAAUAACUGCUAUAUAAUAACUGGCAUGGGAUGGCUGGUAUAUAACUGCUAUAUAAUAACUGGUAUAUAAUAACUGGCAUGGGAUGGCUGGUAUAUAAUAACUGGUAUAUAAUAACUGGUAUAUAAUGGCUGGUAUAUAAUAACUGGUAUAUAAUAACUGGUAUAUAAUGGCUGGUAUAUAAUAACUGGUAUAGGAUGGCUGGCAUAUAAUAACUGCUAUAUAACUGGUAUAUAAUGGCUGACAUGGGAUGGCUGGUAUAUAAUGGCUGCUAUAUAAUAACUGGUAUAUAAUGGCUGGUAUAUAAUGGCUGGCAUGGGGUGGCUGCUAAAUAAUAACUGGUAUGUAAUGGCGGGCAUAGGAUGGCUGGUAUAUAAUGGCUGGCAUGGGAUGGCUGCUAUAUAAUAACUGGUAUGUAAUGGCUGGCAUAGGAUGGCUGGUAUAUAAUGGCUGGUAUACAAUAACUGGUAUAUAAUGGCUGGCAUGGGAUGGCAGCUUUAUAAUGGCUGGCAUGGGAUGGCUGCUAUAUAAUGGCUGGCAUGGGAUGGCUGGUAUAUAAUAACUGGUAUAUAAUGGCUGGCAUGGGGUGGCUGGUAUAUAAUAACUGGUAUAUAAUGGCUGGCAUGGGAUGGCUGGUAAAUAAUAACUGGUAUACAAUGGCUGGCAUGGGAUGGCUGGUAAAUAAUGGCUGGCAUGGGAUGGCUGGUAUAUAAUAACUGGUAUACAAUGGCUGGCAUGGGAUGGCUGGUAAAUAAUGGCUGGCAUGGGAUGGCUGGUAUAUAAUGGCUGGUAUAUAAUGGCUGGCAUGGGAUGGCUGGUAUAUAAUGGCUGGCAUGUGAUGGCUGGGAUAUAAUAACUGGUAUAUAAUGGCUGGCAUGGGAUGGCUGGUAUAUAAUGGCUGGCAUGGGAUGGCUGGUAUAUAACUGGUGACUGGCAUGGGAUGGCUGGUAUAUAAUUGGUAUAGAAUGGCUGGCAUGGGAUGACUGGUAUAUAAUGGCUGGCAUGGGAUGGCUGGUGUAUAAUAACUGGUAUAUAAUGGCUGGUAUAUAAUAACUGGUAUAGGAUGGCUGGCAUAUAAUAACUGCUAUAUAACUGGUAUAUAAUGGCUGACAUGGGAUGGCUGGUAUAUAAUGGCUGCUAUAUAAUAACUGGUAUAUAAUGGCUGGUAUAUAAUGGCUGGCAUGGGGUGGCUGCUAAAUAAUAACUGGUAUGUAAUGGCGGGCAUAGGAUGGCUGGUAUAUAAUGGCUGGCAUGGGAUGGCUGCUAUAUAAUAACUGGUAUGUAAUGGCUGGCAUAGGAUGGCUGGUAUAUAAUGGCUGGUAUACAAUAACUGGUAUAUAAUGGCUGGCAUGGGAUGGCGGCUUUAUAAUGGCUGGCAUGGGAUGGCUGCUAUAUAAUGGCUGGCAUGGGAUGGCUGGUAUAUAAUAACUGGUAUAUAAUGGCUGGCAUGGGAUGGCUGGUAUAUAAUAACUGGUAUAUAAAUGGCUGCAUGGGAUGGCUGGUAACAAUAACUGGUAUACAAAUGGCUGGCAUGGGAUGGCUGGUAAAUAAUGGCUGGCAUGGGAUGGCUGGUAUAUAAUAAAUUGUAUACAAUGGCUUGGUAUGGGAUGGCUGGUAACAAUGGCUGGCAUGGGAUGGUCAGUAUAUAAAUGGCUGGUAUAGGAUGGCUGGUAUAUACCGGCUGGCAUGGAUGGCUGGUAACAAUGGCUGGCAUGGGAUGGCUGGUAUAUAAUGGCUGGUAUAGGAUGUAUUUAUAUAUAAUGCAUGGCAUGGAUGCAUACUGGUAUAUAAAUGGCUUGGCAUGGAUGCAUUGGUAUAACUGGUGACUGGUACGGGAUGGCUGGUAUAUAACUACAUAGAAUGGCUGGCAUGGGAUUUUUAUUCGCGGCGCAAUUGGCUGGCAUGGAUGCAUGGUAUAAUAACUGGUAUAUAAAUGGCUGGUAUGAUUUAUUGGUAUAUACUAUUGGCAUAGGAUGGCUGGUAUAUAAUGGCUGGCAUGGGAUGGCUGGCAUAUAAUGGCUGGCAUGGGACGGCUGCUAUAUAAUGGCUGGCAUGGAUGGCUGCUAUAUAAUGGCUGGCAUGGGAUGGCUGCUAUAUAAUGGCUGGCAUGGGACGGCUGGUAUAUAAUGGCUGGCAUAGGAUGGCUGGUAUAUAAUGGCUGGCAUGGGAUGGCUGCUAUAUAAUGGCUGGCAUGGGACGGCUGGUAUAUAAUGGCUGGCAUGGGAUGACUGGUAUAUAAUGGCUGGCAUGGGAUAUUAUAGGAUGGCAUGUAUAGGAUAACUGUCAUGAAAAGACUGCUAUAAUAUGGCUGAUAUAUUGUGGAUUGUAUGGGGUGGCAUAGGAUGGCUAGUAUGGGAUGGAAUAGGACGGUUGGUAUGUAAUGGCUGGUAUGGGGUGGUUGUUGUGGGAUAGCAUAGGAUGGUUGGUAUAUACAGGCUGGCAUGGGAUGGCAUAUGAAUGAAUAGAAUGGCUAACAUGGAAAGACUGCUGUAAGAUGGCUGGUAUGUGGUGGCUUGUAUAGGAUGGCAUGGCUAGUAUAGCAUAGUUGGUAUAGGAUGACUGGUAUGGGAAGGCUGUAUAGGAUGGCUGGUAUGUGAUACAUGGCUGGUAUGUGGUGCAUGGCUGGUAUAGGAUGGCUGGUAUGUGAUGCAUGGGUGGUAUGGGAUGGCUGGUAUGUGAUGCAUUGCUGGUAUGUGAUGCAUGGCUGGUAUAGAAUGGCUGGUAUGUGAUGCAUGGCUGGUAUAAGAUGGCUGGUAUAGGAUGGCUAGUAUGUGAUACAUGGCUGGUAUAGGAUGGCUGGUAUGUGAUACAUGGCUGGUAUAGGAUGGCUAGUAUGUGAUACAUGGCUGGUAUAGGAUGGCUAGUAUGUGAUGCAUGGCUGGUAUGGGAUGGUUGGUAUGUGAUGCAUGGCUGGUAUAAGAUGGCUAGUAUGUGAUGCAUGGCUGGUAUAGGAUGGCUGGUAUGUGACGCAUGGGUGGUAUAGGAUGGCUGGUAUGUGAUGCAUGGCUGGUAUAGGGUGGCUGGUAUGUGAUGCAUGGCUGGUAUAAGAUGGCUAGUAUGUGAUGCAUGGGUGGUAUAGGAUGGCUGGGAUGUGAUGCAUGGCUGGUAUGGGGUGGCUGGUAUGUGAUGCAUGGCUGGUAUAAGAUGGCUAGUAUGUGAUGCAUGGGUGGUAUAGGAUGGCUGGUAUGUGAUGCAUGGCUGGUAUGGGAUGGUUGGUAUAGGAUUGCUGGCAGGGGAUGACUGGUAUAAUAAUAAUAAUAAUAAUAAUAAUAAUAAUAAUAACAACACGUUAUUACACAAGGGCUGAUGCUAUGGACAGUAGGAAAUCUUAUAUAAUAACAUUCAUUAUUACACUUGUUAUAGGGCUGCUCAUAUAAUAACAUGCAUGAUUAUACCAGAGCUGUUACUACUGACAGUAGAACAUCUAUACGCUAACAGGCAUUAAUAAAGUGGAGCUGAUAAUAUGGGCAACAGGAAAUUUCUCAUUAUAACUUACAUUAUUACACAUGUGCUGAUAGUAUGGGCAAUAUGAAAUGUUAUAUGAUAGCACACAGUAUUACCUCAUAACACAUUAUUACCCUGGGGGGGGGGGGGAGUUGAUACUAUGGACAAGCAGUAGGAGAUAUAUCAUAUAAUAACACAUGUUCACACUGCAGAUGUUACUCUGGGCAGUAGGAGAUCUUAUAUAAUAACAUGCAUUAUUAGUAUGAUGAUCUUACCAUGGGCUAUAAGAGAUAUUUAAUAAUGCACAUUAUUACAUUACAGGGAUAAACAAUAAGAGAUCUUGUAUAAUGUGCAUUAUUUCACACCGGGGCUGUUAUUAUGGCACACUAGGAGAUCUCAUGCAUGCAUUAUUAAAUUGGGGCGGUUACUGUGGGCACACAGUAGGAGAUCUCAUACAAUAACGUACAUUAUUACAUCAAGGUUGUUACUACAGUGAGGUGAGCAGAUUAAAAUACAUAUAUAUCGGUGUCUGAUUUUCAAAUCACACUUAUAUGAAAGCAAGAUUUGAUCAUAGAGAGUAUAAAUAAAUAUAUUGAAGAAUUGUGUGAACAUAACAUGCUCUUAUAAGGUCCAGAUGGCUCUAGAGUCACAAACAUGGUGUGAUUCUAGACUGCAUAUUCCUUGAAAGAUGCUAUGUGAAUUCAGCCAAGGAAAAGGAUUAUCUCCACUUGAACAGAUGGACACAUAAUAACAGUACUUGCAACAAAUCUAUAAUUGCUGUAUACUUUAUUUGUAUGUAAAGCAAAGUAGCAGAUGUAGGUAUUAUAGCAUCUGAUGUGUAAGAAUAUUCUAACCUUUUGGGGAGUUUAUUUGUGGAACUUGAUAAGUGUUAUUUUGCCAGAUAUAACUGUAAAGCAUAUACAAUGCCUAGAUUUAGUCUACAAUGGUAUUGUUACCUUAAAGGGACAUGCAUAGUUUUGAGAAUGUUGUCUCGUUGAAAGCCUUAGCUUUGAAUAAGGUUGUUGCCUCACUCUGCAGGCUGAAAAAAUAAAAUAAUAUGAUUUAUUUUUUUAUGAUUACCUUCUUCUUUUUGAUACUUUCCACAUCAUCUCCAAGGGUAAACCUGAUCUAACCAAUCAGUUAUCUAUCCCUAAGAAUGCUGGAAAAGGGCAUUGGGCGUGCCUGACAGAUUUACACAUGUGCAGUUGGAAGAUUUGUUCACCUUGCAACAGGGGGGGAAUAUAGGGAGUCUGGUGAGUGUGAUCAUGCAGAGCAGGCUUUGAUGUUGGAUUUCUCUCUCCUGCACAAUCAUACCCUGUUUCUGUCACUAGCAGACUGGUCUGAAACUGAGAUGGGCAGGUAAGCUGGAGGGGGAGGCUGAGCAAACUCCCCUAGAUGAGAGGCAUGUCCAAUAAUACAAUGUGUCCAAGUUCACAGAAAGUUUGUAACUGUUACUUUUGAAAGGUUUUGUAUUUGUUUGUUUUUGGGUUAUUGUUUGUUUUGCUUAAUUUUGGGUUUUAUAUUUGUUUAAUAGUAUUUGCUUGCUGGUUUAAAUAUAUAAUUGUCAGGUGUUGCCUGUCCUUUUAACCCUAUUUUGCCAUCCUCCUGAUUUCCAAGUAUGUUGUGAGGUAGAGGAACAGUGCUCCCAGCUGUGUGUGGAAUUUGUAUGUUAACAGAUGAAAUCAGUUGAUUGAUCAAUCAUCAGUCAAUUCGCUGUGGUUCCUUUGGGAUACGUUUCAUAAUUAAUUACCUUGAGCCAUUAAUUUAAUGUUAAUUCUACACAAUGCUAUAUAUAACCCAUGUUGGCAGUAUACCCCAGGUUGGCAGGAUACCCCAGGCUGGCAGGAUACCCCAGGCUGACAGUACACCCCAGGUUGGCAGUAUACCCCAUGUUGGCAGUAUACCCCAUGUUGGCAGUAUACCCCAGGUUGGUAGUAUACCCCAGGUUGGCAGGAUACCCCAGGCUGACAGUAUAACCCAUGUUGGCAGUACACCCCAGGCUGGCAGUACACCCCAGGUUGGCAGGAUACCCCAGGCUGACAGUAUAACCCAGGUUGGCAGGAUAUCCCAGGCUGGCAGUACCCCCCAGGCUGGCAGUACCCCCCAGGCUGGCAGGAUACCCCAGGCUGGCAGAAUACCCCAUGUUGGCAGUAUACCCCAGGUUGGCAGUAUACCCCAGGUUGGCAGGAUACCCCAUGUUAGCAGUACACCCCAGGAUGGCAGUACACCCUAGGCUGUACCAUUCUUUACAAUUCUUUCUAACAUUCCUGUAUAUAUCCAGAUAAUCUGUGGGUAAAGAGGGCUGUCCACGUGUUGUUAAAUAAGGCUGUAAUAAUGUGGGCAUGGAAGGAUAAAUAGGAGUGUUACUGGAACUUAGAAUGGCCAGAGUUAACUCCAGUACGAAUUGGCAGUACACCCGAGGCUGGCAGGAUACCCCAGGCUGGCAGCAGGGCCGGACUGGGAAUGAAAAGCAGCCCUGGAAAAAAAUUCUAUACCAGCCCAAUAAUGCGUUGCGCCAACAUAGUGUGCAGAUAUGGAAGCGGGAAAUAUUCUGUGUCUCUCACACAUAUACUGAAGGCUGGCAGUGCACCCAGGCUAGCAGUAUAACCCAUGUACACCCCAUGUUGGCGGUACACCCCAUGUUGGAAGUAUACCCCAGGCUGGCAGUAUACCCGAGGUUGGCAGGACACCCCAGGUUGGAAAGCAUCAUAAAGAAGAAGGUUUAUUCUACACAAUGCUGGGUACCACUUUUGUGCACUUUUAACAGCUUGUUAAACCCAUUACUGUCACUAAAAUCAUGACUAGGAACUCAACAAACCGGUGGAUAUGGGUAAGCCAUAAUUGUAGAAAGACAAAUUUAACCCGUCUAUGUGGGAACCAAUAAAGUGUUGUACCAAAUUUGAAGAAAUGGUUUAAUAAAGUAAAGAAGAUGCAGUCUUUAAUUAGGACCCAUAGUCCAUACAGGGAUAAACUCUCGGGAGGUGUCCUCUAGCUCCCCAGUAGUAAACUUUAAAUAGGAUGUUGACAUAAAACAUAGCUCAAACAAUGGCCAAUCCAGACAUUUUCUUUUGGAAGCAGAGAAUAGCAUCCAUUUAUCAUUUGUUAAUCUCUCAGAGAAUUCUUAUUGGCAAUAGCAACUGAGUAUAACAUAAUACGAAAGCAACGUUUCAGAUAUUACACUGUUCUUUACCACAUUGCAUUUAAUGUGCAAAUUCCUAAACAAUGGAACUCUGAUAAAGUUUUUUUUCAUUCAGUGUAACAGUUACCUUGUAAACCUAACGCUCGGACACAUUCGCUGUUUGUUCAGUGAAGGUAAACGUGAAACACAUCUCUUGGCAGUUUUGCUAAUCGGCUUUAUUCUAUUUUUAUCCGUAGGUCAGUUCGCAUCGUCUGGCUGGGGGAUGACCGAGAUAGGCCGUGUGAAGAUCCUGCAAGGGAAGACCUAGUCCCAUUUUACCUUGGAAGAAGAGCUGUGGGUUUACAGACUGAGAACAGACAUCCAGUCUUCACCAUUUACCAAGCCAGGGUUUUGGGGGAUAUCCAGAUCAUGUGUCAUGAGUGUCUUGGAUGGGUGAGAUGUUUUUUAUUCACUCAGAUUGAUUGAAGUAGUACUUAAACUGCACUGUCUCAGAUAUUAUUAUUAAUAUUAGUGACAUUUAUAUAGCGCCAACACAUUCCGUAGCGCUUUACAAUAUUAUGAGAGGGGGAUUUAACUAUAAAUAGGACAAUUACCAGAAAACUUACAGGAACAAUAGGUUGAAGAGGUCCCUGCUCAAACGAGCUUACAGUCUAUUAGAGGUGGGGUAUAUGACACGUUAGGACAGGAAAAACCAAUCAAAUAAGGUGGGAGUGAAGCAGAGCUGGAGGAGAGAGUAGAGUGCUGCCCUUUAGGAGAGAGCAAGAGACAGUUAGGUUUCAGUUGGUGUGUAUGGCAUCAUUUACUGUUAAAGGAGUAUUGAUUUACUAUUAUAAUGUUCUAGAUCACCUACUGAGUACAGAAUUAUAAACCACUUAGGAAAUAACCACUAGCUGUUCUGUAAUAGCCCAACACCUAAGGCCAUUAAUCAUGGGAAGUGUAGUUCAGGGUUAUCUUUGGAUGCCAGGGUUUACACAUCCCAUCCUCCUCCUUACUAUAGAUUUUUAUUUCUCCCCCUUAGCUCCUUAUCGAGUCUUUUCUCCUCCUCCCCUUCCCCCACACACUCCCUUUGCCCUAUUUCUUGGUUACAUGAAGUGGGGAGAUUAUCAGAGAUGGGGGAUUUAGUACCAUAGCAGAGAGGUAUAUCUUGCUGUUUGGACCCUCCCCACCCCCCUCCAGAUCUCUAAAGAUCAUCGUUCAUGUUCUGCUGUCCAAAAGCAUCUGUAAAUGUAGAGUACAGAGAUAUGACUCAUAUCCCAAACAUUCCUUUAGUAGAAUUACCAUUCUUCACAAUUCUUUCUAACAUUCCUUUAUAUACCCAGAUAAUCUGUGGGUAAAGAGGGCUGUCCACGUGUUGUUAAAUAAGGCUGUCAUAAUGUGGGCAUGGAAGGAUAAAUAGGAGUGUUACUGGAACCUAGAAUGGCCAGAGUUAACUCCAGUACGAACCGGAAAUAUCAGUGCUAGUAUUAAAGGAACACUAACAUGCAUUACAAAUACAAACAUGUAUUCCUAAUGCUAUAGUGCUCCCCUACCCUUGUAGAUGUCCCCUCCCCCGUAAGGGUUUGAUAGGUAAGAAUUACUUACCUUUCUUCCUUUGCAGCGCUGGUCCCGCCACAGCCUCUCCUCCUCUCUGGCUGAGAUCUUCAAAAUGAAGGAUCUCCCCAUAGAGAAACAUUGGGAGGCUAGUCCACUUGCACAACAAAUUACCCCUCUGUGCCAAUCAAAUGCUGCUUUAGGAGCAAACUUUUACAUUCCACGGUAAAAUCAAAGGUCUGCUGCACCCAGAGUACUUCAUUAAAAUAAAGUCCUUUAGCCAAAAUCUCAUGCCAAGGUGUAGACAGAACUAUAAUACAAUAGACUAUAUGCUAAGAGCUGGAACACUGUACAAUAGAACAAUGGGGCAAGGUCAAUGGCCGUUUCUGGAAUGCAGGAAUACUUACGAACUGGUACAAUGGGCAAGGCAAAAUCAGAGUCACAAACAAACAGGGUCUGGUGUACUGGAAUAGGAAUCGGGGUCAGAGCAACAUGCUUAAGACCCUGAAACCACCAGAAGGCACUGUCCAAAAGGCAAAAGGUUUUUAUAUAUACCAGACACUUGUAUCUAAUUGCAUUGGUUGCGCCAUGUAGGACGCCAUGGAAUUAAAACAAAGGUGCGAAGAUCAUGGCUCUCGUCACUUUAGGAUGGGUGAUGUUCCGAAUUAUGAGAGUAUGCGACCUAAUAAGAAUCUUCACUGCAGGGGACCUCAGUGCCACAAAACGUAGUUUAAUGCAUGAUGGGUAACACAAGACCACAGCAGAGAGCUCAAAUCUAGGACAGGUAGCUCAGUGCAACAGCAGGCACUCAAUUCAACUGACCUUCUACUGUUACCAUGGGCUGCUGUCAAAAGAAUCAGCUAUAAAUUUUGCAAAAACAACACAUUUAGGGUUAAAUUGAAAGCAGAACUGUUACAUUUAGGCUAAAAUAGCCUAGCUGCAAGGUAGAUUUAUUUUCCAGAGGAGGUGUUUAUAGCUAACAUUUUGCAAUUUAUCAUUUAAUUCAGUGUUUAAUUAAUAAAUCUGUUUCUGAUGACCGUAGGUUGAGAGUAAAGCAACAGCUGUACAACACUGAGAUGUAGAUCUUCUACUUGCUGCGCUAUUUAAGCAUGAUAUGAUAAUACCGUGUUUUGAUGAUUGAUGCAAUUCACACACAAUGCCUUGAAUGAAUCGUUUGUCUGAGCCCACUGUUUACAGAAGCAGAGUGGAAUGAGUCCAACAAUUACUUUCUGACGUGAUCAACUACUUGAUUUCUCUUUGCAAAUUAUUUAAGCUGUCAUCCCAUACCGAUUGCGGUCCAUGAGCUCAGCAAUUUUACCAAUGACAGAACAGGAAUAAAAUGCAUUCAUUUGUGAGAAUGUAUUUUUUUUUUCUGUUUUGACAAGUAUUCCUACAAUGAUAUGGUUACAAAAACAGGUUAAAUAUUCACUUUGUGUUUCUAGAACAAAGUUUGAAUCUGAAAAUCUGUUCGAUUUGCACCAUUAGUUUUAUUUAAAGGAGCAUUCAUGUUUUUGAAGUAGAGUGUUUUCUAAUAUGGUCUCAAAAACAAAACAAAAAAAGAGUUCAGAGAAGGGCUACUAAACUGGUUCAUGGAUUGCCGGAUAAAACUUACCAGGAAAGGUUAAAGGAUCUUAACAUGUAUAGCUUGGAGGAAAGACGAGACAGGGGGGAUAUGAUAGAAACAUUUAAAUACAUAAAGGGAAUCAACACAGUAAAUGAGGAGACCAUAUUUAGAAUAAGAAAAACUACCACAACAAGAGGACAUAGUCUUAAAUUAGAGGGGCAAAGGUUUAAAAAAAAUAUCACUUUACUGAGAGGGUAGUGGACACAUGGAAUAGCCUUCCAGCUGAAGUGGUAGAGGUUAACACAGUGAGGGAGUUUAAGCAUGCGUGGGAUAGGCAUAAGGCUAUCUUAGACUUAAGAUAAGGCCAGGGACUAAUGUAAGUAUUUAAGAAUUGGGCAGACUAGAUGGGCCAAAUGGUUAUCAUCUACCAUCACAGUCUAUGUUUCAAAACAGUUUAUUUGAGAGAGCGCUCUGUAUAUACUCUUAAUGACCAAACAUAAGCAUGUACCAGAAUCAGUUUCCAAAAUUAUAUAUUUUAAAUUUAAAAUGGAAAUAGUUUCCUUGCUGUGGAAACGCUCAGAUCUCACAAGAGGAUGGCUAGUGCUCCCCGGUUCCUCUCCUGCCUUUGAUCUCCCCACCGGCUUAGAGCAGAGCCGGUGAUCGGAUAGCGCCAGCUCUGCAUGAGCCGACAGGGGAGAUCCUAAGAUCUCCCCUGCCGCUCUCACUCCAGAAGCGUGCUGUGGGGAGGGGUGUGCCCAGGCACACCCGGCACACCCCAUGCACACCCUAUGCACGGAGCGCUGAUGCUCUGCAAUAAGAUUAUGAUGUAAAAUAGUGAUGUGAGACAGGUUUCAAGCAUUGUAAAAUAAGAUUAUGAGAGUUAGAAUUUAUGAUGGAGGCCCAACUCAUUUCUAGUAAUUUGAUCCCAAGACUAUUGAUUUUAGCCCUGUAUACUGAUUUAUUGCCAGAUUAAACAAACCACGUAAUCAUGCAGAUAUUAUACAGCCUGUUAACAUCAUUUUAAUCUGUUAAAUCCUAGUAAUGCUAAUGCUGGAACUUUUGUCUAGUCUAAUUUUGUUUUAUUUAUUUUUUUAUUUUUUUUAAAUACGUCUGUAUGUUAAGAAAUUACUGUUGCACAUUACCUACAAACCACAAUUUGGACAUUGGAAAGUCUACUUUAUGCAAUUAUCCCAGAAUUCCCAGCUUAACAUGAUGCCGGUCUAUGAUCAUUUACAUGUUGGGCUGGGAAUUCUAGGAUCAUUGUGGAAACGAUAUUUCUUGGAAUUACAUGCCCAAAUUGGACUUUUCCAUGUUCCAACAUGAGAAAUGUGUGUGUAUGCCUUGAAUUUAUUUUCUGGCAUCUGUUAAUGUUUCCCUAUUUUUCUGUUUUUUGCUCAGAACAUUUUUAAUGGUGACCAGUGUUCUCAGUAUGUAGUUGGGGAAGCGGACAUCAUCAUAUUAAAAUACUCUGUCAGUGAAAAGCUUUCAUUCCUUGAUAUAAAGGACAAUUUCGCUCCAUUGGUGAAACAGAAAUCCCAUCAUCGCUUUAUUCCUGUGAUUAUUGCCGCAGUUGGAGCAGCACACAACAGUAAGCAUUGGAUCACAAUUGAAUCAUUUGUAUUUGUGCGUUAUUUGUAUCAAUAUAAUUUAUUAAAAUUGUUAUGUAAUCUAAUCUAGAGCGUUACCCCUAAUCCAUGUUACUCAAUUUUAAACUCAGCAGUAGGUUUAGUAGACCAUGAGCUGUUGAACAAGUUAGAAACAUAGAAUGUGACGGCAGAUAAGAACCAUUCGGCCCAUCUAGUCUGCCCAAUAUUUCGAAAUACUUUCAUUAGUCCCUGCCUUAUCUUAAGUCUAGGAUAGCCUUGUGCCUAUCCCACGCAUGCUGAAACUCCCUCACCUCUACCACUUCAGCUGGAAGCCUAUUCCAUGCAUCCACUACCCUCUCAGUAAAGUAAUACUUCCUGAUAUUAUUUUUAAACCUUUGCCCCUCUAAUUUAAGACUAUGUCCUCUUGUUGUGGUAGUUUUUCUUCUUUUAAAUAUAGUCUCCUCCUUUACUGUGUUGAUUCCCUUUAUAUAUUUAAAUGUUUCUAUCAUAUCCCCCUGUUUGCAAAAUAUAGGUCACAUUUUUGCCUUAUCAACUAUUUUGUAAAAUACUUUAUAUGUACAUGUAGAUGUUGAUUAUUGGGUCGCUCUAAGCCCCAUAGCAAAUCGUUGCAAAGGUUAUACCCUGCCCCCAGUCUCCCUGCUGAGAGUGACAUGUAACUGCAGCAAUUUGCAAAAGUCUCUGCCACCAUAAAACUUCAUUUUUUUUACUCCUAUGUGAGAUUCAUCCAACUUGCGUACAUGCACAGCUAGAGUGGACACCUCUCUGCUGUAAUUGAGAGAUAACAGCACACAACUUGGUUCACAAAACUAAUCAGAACCAUAUGGAUGCAGCCAACUCGCUGACUGAUUCUAAUCAUCCUGUAUGGUGAGUUGAACUGUGACUGGUGGAUAAACGACUCAUUCUGGACAGAGAUUUAUGGAAAAAGAUCAGAUAAGCCUACUUCUAAGCAAAAUGAAGUUACAAAGUUUAAUUAAUUGUACGGUGGGAACCCCAAUUUUAAUGCUGGAAAAAAACUUUUUUUUUAAUAAUUUUAGGGUUGAUUUUAACCUAUUAAAUGGCUGGAAAUCAAAGUGUCCAAGGCUUAAGUUAACGUGGCACACUGAUUGAAAGCUAGUGAUCUAUUUAAAGGGUCACUCCCGACCCCUAAAGAACUUUAGCUGGCAGAAAAGCUUUAUGUUUGUCCUAAUUUAUUCAUUUUUCAUAAAGUGCAGAUUUCAAUAAUCAGUCAAUUCAGCGUGGUUCCUUUGGGAUCCGUUUCAUGAUUAAUUACCUCGAGCCAUUAAUUUAAUGUUAAUUCUACACAAUGCUGGGUAGCACUUUUUAUGUAAAUUCAACAGCUUGUUAAACCCAUUACUGUCACUAAGAUCAUGACUAAGAACUGAAAAAACUGGUGGAAGUGAAUAAAACAUAAUUAUAGAGGAGAAAAAAAAAUCUCAUAUUGAACCCGUCUUUAUGGGAACCAAUAGAAUGUUAUCUCAACUUUGAGUGGUUUAGUAAAAUUAAGAAGAUGCAGUCUUUAAUUAGGACCCAUAUUCAGUACGAUAUCAGGGCAUACACCAGGGCUCAACUCUCAGAAUGGGGUCUCUAGCUCCCCAGUAGACUUGGGCAUUCGUAUGAAUGGAGUUUCGUACGAAAAUCUGCAUUUUUGUCAAUUCGUACGAAUACCGAAUGGCUAGACAAACACAUUAACGAACAAACAAAUGGGCGUCCAAAGAAAUUCUUCCAUGAGCCUUUCGUUUGUUCGUUCAUUUGGAUUUUUGUAUUACACUCCCCAGAAGUAAACUGUAAAUAAGAUGUUGACAGAAAGCAAUAAAGCUCAAACAAUAGCCAAUCCAGAACUCAGACAUUUAAACAGUGAUAUUUCGUUUAUAUUUGUGCAACGGAGUGUCCCUUUAAUGCAUUAAAAAUUCAUACCACGUGUGCCCUUUUAAUGCUUAGGACAGACAAACAGCAAAAUAACAGAUUCUAGCAUAUGGAUAAUUUAACAGGUGAGGUAAAAUCUGUAUUACAAUAGCUAAUGUCAGUACAAAACCUUAGUAAACAGUGUUUUACUUCGUUUUAUCUAUGGUUCAGAUCUACUAUAAACAAUACAAUACCAAACAAUACAUGGAUGACUGCUCUAUCCCCGAGUCCACUCAAUGUACAAACUUUCUCAUUUUAUCCCUUUGUGCUACUAACAUAAAAGCAAAGCCUGCUCUUUGUGUAAUGAUUUGUGAAGGCCUUUUUUGCUGGGCCAAGCACACGAGCCCUUAUUUCCGUCUACACUACUAAUAUCUAAAAGAUGGGAUGUGCCAACAUCCUCCUCGAGAGGGAAUUUUCAGGUUGAUAAAAACCUAGUGCUGAAAACUUAUAUUGGCUAUGAUGCUUGGCAGUACAGAUAGAUCUAUUUUAUGUUAAAUUAUUAUUAUUUAUAAAGCACCAACAAGUUCAGUAGCGCUGUACAAUGGGUGGACUAACAGACGCGUAACCAGACGAGUUGGACGCACAGGAAUAAAGGGAUUGAGGGCCCUGCUCAAUGAGCUUACAUGCUAGAGGGAGUGGGGUAUUGUGACACAGAAGGUGAGAGUAUGAUAAAAAGGUAGGUUGUUAGGAUAGUAUUCACUGGGGGCUUAGUGUUUUGUUUUGAUGACAGUUGCUGGAGAGGAAUCAGGGUGCGGAGAGGGAAAGUUUUUAUUUGUAGAUAAAAUACAAAUGUAACAAACAAAUGUAUUGGUUAUGAUUACUCUAUAUAAUUUUAUAUAACAAUACUUUAGUGAUACAAAUAAUGGUCCGCUACAUAAUAUCCAGACAAAGAACAAACCGUAAUGAAUUUCUGAAUUCUGAAUAUAGCUUGGAAAAUUCCUAAAGAAACCGUGUGUUUUUGUUUUGUUUAUUUUUUUUUAGAUGGUCCGUCCUGCACAUGUCCUCAGUGCACGUCGGACAGGGGGAUUUGCGUUACUACUUCUGAAGGAAUUCAGCUUGCCAAGGACCUGGCAGCCACUUUCCUGGAGCUGCAUGCGGUCAAUGACUUCUAUGUUGGAAUGUACUUUGGAGGAAUGGUACGUGCGUGUUCUCAAUUGCAUCUAAUUAUAUUUAUUGUUUGCAAUGUCGCUUGUGCAGGUGCUUGUGCACACACGGUUCUUGGAGCUGAAAGCAUUUUAGAUUUGAUUCUGUUACCAUUAUCACGGUAUUGCCAUUAGUUUAAAUAAUAUAGGAAAAGGACUCCACCUGACUCGCUCUCUGAACACACAUUAAACUCAUUUGUUAAUGUUAUCAACCAACAAUGUCAUUUAUUGACAGUCAGAGAAAACAACUAAACUGAUGCUCUGAUAAUUACCAUUGGAAUCUGUUUUCUAAAACACGAGCAUUGAUUUGGGAGAAAAGGUAUCUUUAAGGCAAUUCAAUUUUAACUUGAAUUUUACAAUGUGUAACUAUACACUGUGAUAAAUGUUUACAUUCGGUCUUUUUAUUAAUAUUAUUUUUGUUGCAUAAUCUACAAUAUUAAAAAGGUGAAAUUAAGCAGCAGGUAAUUAAUAAAUUACCUAUAUUCCAUAUUCUGGGAUAGACUUGUAUCGUCAAAAUAAGAAUACACUCUUACAAUACAGGGAGUGUGUUGGUGCCACUUCACCAAAUGUCCAGUGUUUUUAGAGCGUGCCGGGCCACCAGUGGACAAAUAAUGCUUAAGUAACUAUUCCGCACUAUCCAAAGAGCUGCAGAGGGGCCAGAAUUUGGAUAUCAAUUAUCUGUAGUUAUUAUGUUGCUUAGAGUGCCACUUUAAUUUAGCCACAUGUACAGUAGGGGGUUAAUAGCUAUUUAUAUGUAUAUACUUCCAUGAAUACACCUCCAACUGCCCUUUUAUGACCACUAGAGAAUAAUCAUUUACAGAAUAAGUUUCUACAGCAACUGCACUCGUGAUAACUAUUGGCCCUGUGAUAAACUUUGACUUGGACUUAGCCCUUUGCUUUAAUUAAGACAUGAAGAAGUUUCUUGUAUUCAAUAUCUGUAGUCAUAAACGUUAUGACAUUGCUUAAGGUUUUCAGUUGUUUUUUUUGUUUUGUUUUUUAAAUAAAGGGUAACCUACCAUUGAUCUACAUCGGGCUUCCCCAAACUCCGGCCCUCCAGAUGUUGCCAAACUACAACUCCCAUGAUUCUAUGGAUGAAAUAGAUAGGCUGAGAAUCAUGGAAGUUGUAGUUCAGCAACAUCUGGAGGGCCGGAGUUUGGGGAAGCCUGAUCAACAUGAUAGUCUUAACAGGCAUAACUAUUGUUCCAUAUUCCGAUACACUGUGAAUCACCUAGUUCUACAGUCACCCCCAUACAACAUUUUGGUUAAAAUGGGUAUAAAGAUACUAGUUAUUGGUGUGAAGGUAUAGCUGCUUGUCCAGCCUGUAAUACUUUGUCUGACAGUCUAGUUGGUCUGACCCUCGUUAACAUGAUACGUAACAUCACCAGUAUGUCUAUCGUCUUUAUAAAUGGUAGGAUAUUACAUAGUGCCAUGGUACAUGUAUCUGACAUUUCUGGAAAAUAAAAUCUGAAUAAUGUUUUGUUUGAACAUCAAUUCUACCCAAGUUUGGAUGGGAUUCAUUGGCUGACUCCACCAGCUGGCAUUUUCAGCCAUUGACUUAUGUACAAAUAGUGACUAAAAUUAUAUAUCUAAUGUAGAAGUAUGGACUUCCUCUUUAGCUACAUCUGAAGAUGGGGCGGGGGGACAGGUCCUGGGGGAACUCCUGCAGUGGUUAUGGUGCUGGUUAGGUAUGGUACCUAGAAUGCAUAAUAAUCAUCUUCAGGAUAGAUGGCUUCACUGUAGGCAAAUAUUGAGUACCACCUCUGUGUACAUGUGUGAGUGGGUGUGUGUCUGACAGUGUAUUUUGGUGUCUGUGUGAGUGUGUAUAUAUGUCUCAGACAUUGUGUACCUGUGUGUCUGAGAAUGUGUGGCAGCAGUGAAUAUCUGUGUGUGUUUGUUUUUUCUGUGGCAGUUGUAUCAGUGAGUGUGUUGUGCCUGGAAUAUCUUUGUAUAUGUAUGUGUGUGCAUGAACGUGUGUAUUUGAGUGCUUGUAUCAGUGUGUGUGUCCAAAGAAGCAAUAUGGCUGCAAUGUGGGUGGUAUGGGCAACAUCAUAGCAUUGUGACAACUAUAAUACAUAUAGAUUGACUGAACACUGUUUACAUGCUUUUAACUUCAUUAUUUGGUAAAUUAUUUAUUUUUUAAGUUUUUCUGUCCAAUUAAAGUUUUCGUUAUUAUUUCCAUUUAAUAAUGUGCUAUCUACACAUAGUGAAACGAAAAAUACAUUUAAACAUUACUUCCCAGGAUGCACAAAUGACUUGGAUUGUGAAGUGUUUUUUUUUUGCAAACCGCUUGGUAAUGAAGGGGUUAAAUGUUCUGCCCCUGAUAAUUGCAGCUUUACUCGGGUUUCAAAACGAAAAUUCUCUUUGCCCUGACCAGCUCAUUUUAAUGUUGUAUUAAAGGAACACUAUAGUCACCUAAAUUACUUUAGCUAAAUAAAGCAGUUUUAGUGUAUAGAUCAUUCCCCUGCAACUUCACUGCUCAAUUCACUGUCAUUUAGGAGUUAAAUCACUUUGUUUCUGUUUAUGCAGCCCUAGCCACACCUCCCCUGGCUAUGAUUGACAGAGCCUGCGUGAAAAAAAAAAUCUGGUUUCACUUUCAAACAGGUGUAAUUUACCUUAAAUAUUUGUAUCUCAAUCUCUAAAUUGAACUUUAAUCACAUACAGGAGGCUCUUGCAGGGUCUAGCAAGCUAUUAACAUAGCAGGGGAUAAGAAAAUCUUAAUUAAACAGAACUUGCAAUAAAGAAAGCCUAAAUAGGGCUCUCUUUACAGGAAGUGUUUAUGGAAGGCUGUGCAAGUCACAUGCAGGGAGGUGUGACUAGGGUUCAUAAACAAAGGGAUUUAACUCCUAAAUGGCAGAGGAUUGAGCGGUGAGGCUGCAGGGGCAUGUUCUAUACACCAAAACUGCUUCAUUAAGCUAAAGUUGUUCGGGUGACUAUAGUGUCCCUUUAAGUGUUUAAUCUACCUGUCACUUGCCUUUGUUUUUUUCUAAAUGUAUUUAUUUUCUUAUUCUUGAAAUGAGAUACUAUAUCUAGAAAGCUCCCUGCGCUGUGAUUUUUAACAUGAAAAGUGCCUUAAUAGCUAACUUCAAUAAUCUAUAUGUAGUUUACCAGGCACCAGUUUCUUUCUAGAGAAGAGUUCAAUUCUGUUAGCACAGGGCUUAUUAAAAUCUCCUGUAGGACAAAGAGCGCUGAUUACUUAUAUAACGAGAGUGUCAAUGGGUGCUGCAGUCAUUUGUUUGGUAAAUGAGUGAAGGACAUGAUUUUUUAUUUAUUUUUUAUAAAACAAAGUCCAAAGGAGUUUUAUUUCUUCCUUCUGCUUUUAUAAGAACUCAUUUGAGCAUGAUUAUCACCUCUUUCUGAUAUUUGCCCAAACCUCUUUUUCCUGCAGAAUAUGUUGUCAGAAUGAUUUAUAUAUCAUACAAUGUUAUUAUUAUAUUGUUAGCAUGUUAAAAGGUACAUUUGCAGGAAUAGCUUCUGAGCUUCAUAAACCACUUCAAAAAGCUGAAAUUGUUUUGGUGCCUAUACUUUUCCUUUAAGGUCAAAUUAGCCAAAUUGGAAGCAUAGCUGACUUAGAUAAUGUUUUGGGUUUUUUUUUCAUCUUGAAUUUGAAAUUUAUUUUGGAUUCAUUUGGAAUUCUCACUUUAGACCAACAUUUCCCAAUUGGUGUUCUGCGGAACCCUAGGGUUCCGUGAAACACUAAUUGAGGUUCCACCUAAAAAUGUGAAAAUAAAAUGGCCGCGGGCAGCAAGGGAGCAGUGAGCAGUGAUCUCCCUGCUCAGCUCCCUCGCACAGCAGUGGUGCUGGAGCCGGAAUAUGACGUCACUCCGGCAUCACUAAGAGGCGUGCGAGGGAGCUGAGCAGGGAGAUCACUGCUCCCUCGCCAGCCGCUCAGCAGCCCCACUGGUAGGUGACGCUACUUGGGUGAUUUGGAUUGGAACUCAAAUGCAGCUCAGCUCCCUCACGCGCCGCAGAGUGAGGCUGGGAGCCGGAAUAUGAUGCCCGCAGCCACUGGACCACCAGGGAGAUAGAGACUCUCCCCCCACCAAAGGUAAGGAGGGGGGGGUAAAUAAAAAAAUAAAACAUGUGUUAAUGUGAGUGUGUGUGUGUGUCUGUUAAUGUGUGUGUGUCUGACUGUGUGAGUGUGUUUGCUAGUGAGUUAGUGUGUCUGACUGUGUGUGUCUGUUAGUGUGUGUGUCUGUCUGACAGUUUGUGUCUGUUAGUGUGUAUGUGUGUGUCUGACUGUGUGUGUGUGUCAGUGUGUGUGUCUGACUGUGUGUCUGUUAGUGUGUGUGUGUCUGUUAGUGUGUGUGUGUGUCUGUUAGUGAGUGUGUGUCUGUUAGCGUGUGUAUGCGUAUCUGUCAGUGAAUGUGUGUGUGUGUGUAUUUAGAAGGCGGGGCGGGGGGAAGGGUUGGGUGGGGCUGGCGUGGGAGGGGGGCGCCUGAGUUUUGUCCUGCCUAGGGCAGCACAAAACCAGGAUACACCACUGUUCAUAGUGAAUAAGCAUGCUGGGAGUUGUCCUCCAUAUAAUUAGUAGCUUGAAGCACGGAGUGUCUUUGCAAAGCAAGAAACAGUUCAUAGUGAAUAAGCAUGAUGGGAGUUGUCCUCCAUAUAAUUAGUAGGUUGAAGCACUGAGUAUAUUUGCAAAGCAAGAAACAGUUCAUUGUGAAUAAGCAUGAUGGGAGUUGUCCUCCAUAUAGUUAGUAGUUUGUAGCAAUGAAGAUUUGAGUAAGCAAGCAUUAGUUCAUUAAUAAAUGAUAUUGUAGACAAAUAGUUGAAAGAUAUACUUAAGGUUAAUGUGAGUAGUCCUCAAAUAGUUCAGAGGUAUGGUCCACUUGUAAAGUAAGUGAGUUUCCGUUCUCCAGUAAUCCUCUAUGGCAUGAAGUAUACUUGUCUUAGUCCAGAAGGCUAGGACGACUUCAGAGUUUGUAGAGCCGGCGUGUCCCAGGAGCCAGCGUGCAUACUCGUAAGUAGGACCCACAAUGCCAGAGCCUGUGGAGAGGUAAGUCUGGCAGAAGUAGCUCCCAGUAUCACCAAGCCCCCUCUCUCUGGCACAGUCUCCCUAAAUACCGUCAGAGCUGUGUCAGAGGGGGGCGGGGUCCGGCUCCGCCCAGCGGAGUUCCAAACCCAGAAGUGUUACCGCAUGACAGUGCCACUAUCUGUCAGUGUGUGUAUCUGUGUGUCAGAUUCAUACACACUGGCACAUACAAACACAGAUAUACACACCUUGACACACACCGGCACAUACAAACACAGAUACACACACUUUGAAACAUAGAUACACACACCUUGACACACAGAUAUAUAGAUACAUACAUACAUACACACUGUGUGUCAAGGUGUGUGUAUCUGUGUGCCACUAUCUGCCAGGGUGUGUAUCUGUGUGUCAGAUUCAUACACACUGGCACAAACAAACACAAAUACACACAGACACAUACAAACACAGAUACACACACUUUGACACACAGACACACUUUGACACACUGUGUGUGUAUCUGUGUGCCAGUGUAUGUGUGUGUGUAUCUGUGUGUCAGAUAUACAACUAGCACAUACAAGCACAGAUAUACACACCUUGACACACACCGGCACAUUAAAAAAGAAAAUAGCGCAAUUUUCCAUGGGGGGGGGGUGGGGGGGAAUUCCACAAUGUUUAUACGCUAUGUCAAAGGGUUCCACGGGAAAAAUUAAUUGGGAACCUCUGCUUUAGACAAAAACCCUGAACAGUUAAAAUUCCCAUGAAUUCUGAAAAUUGAGCCAUAACGUUCUAACUGCAUUAAUUUAUCUUCAUGAUAACUUAACUCUUACUUUAAUGCACUAACAGUAAGCAAGGCUGUUUACUAAAGUGUGUAUUCAAAGGGAAUUUCAAAUUUAAAGGGUUACACUAACCCUUUUGAGGGGGACCCUUACAGUGUAAUAUGCCCUACUGGAAAAAAAAGAUUUACUUACCUUGAAUCCAGCGCCCGGUGAAGCUAAUACCGCUGACUUCUACGCCCCCACCGAUGUCACAGAAGCCUGUGAUUGGACUGUUUUGCUGGCACAGAGCGCAUGUACACGCUCUGGGCCAGCGAGGGGAGGGCAGUAAGAGUAGGGGGACGGGAGCGAGGGUUUUUAAAAAUAAAUAAAAUAGGAAGAAAAUACUGUCUGCAAUGAAAGCAGGCGGGAAGAAGCACAUAGGGAUAAUAGUCUGCUUACGGUCGCACUGCAAUAUAUAUAUAUAUAUAUAUAUAUAUAUAUAAUAUAUUUUUAUUUACCUAGUAACUUUGUUUACAGCAGUUACUAGGAGGACCAGUUCAACUGAUUUGUUGGUGUUUAUAUUUAUCUUUCUCUUGUUCAAUAGUUGUGUAAUAAGACUGACACCUAAUGGUCAAAUUUUAACAUUACAGUUAAAAAACGUUAUGUUUUAAUUUUGUAUAUAGUUACACUGAGAACACAAGCUAUCAAGUUGUUUUCUUUAUUCUGAUUUUAAAUAAGGAGCAUUAAAGGCACCCAGAGCACUUCAUCUCAAUGAACUGGUCUGACUGCCAUGUGCUCCUCUUUAACCCUGCAGUUAAAAACAUUCUACAGGAACGGAAAUGUUUCUAUUGCAGGGUUAACCUGCCUCUUUUGGCUGUACACCCACUAGAGGCACUUCCGUAAAAAUAGCAGAGUAAAACGAGGUCCCUCGUUUAUAUUAAUGGCCUCCACUCGCAAGGCACUAUAUCCCCCCCGUUAAUUAUUUUAACCAUAAGGACAUGGGGAGGACCUGUGCCAGGUCCCCCUUUAUUGGAUUAGGACUCGCUAGUCUAGUUUUUAUAACAGUGAGCAGCCACUGGAUACUUGCUGUUUAGCUGACAUGCCCCUAUUCACAGCUCGGCAGGUAGGGGCAGGAGGCAGAGUUUAACCUCCUUUAUUUACUAAUACUAAGUAUUUAUUUAAUUAGUAUUAGUAAUGUUGUCUGAAAGGUCAAAAUUACGAAAAGGAAAAGCUGUUCAUAAUUCUGGUCUUUCAGCUUUUUAGAUAGCUCCCUAAUCGUAAUGUGGGAUUGCCAUAAGGAUGUCAAAAAGGAGCUAUCUACUAAACAGCCUCGUCAUUUGGAACCCUUAAAUAUGGCAAUCCCACAAGGGUACCAAUUUAGAGAGUUAUGUACUAAAUGGCUGCAAGAUGCAGCCACGGCCCACCGCACAGAUUGAAAUUUCAUUUGUCCGAAUAAAAUUCCAAAAACAAUGACCUAAUUUCUUCCAAAAAAACGAAUGAACAAACAAAUGAAAUUCAGUUUGGACAAAACAAAAUUUGUUUGGACAAAACUUAAAUUUUGUCGGCGCCCAAGUCUACUAGUCAGUGCAUCACCAGGCAUUGACCUCCCCGCACGUCCCGGUUCCAUCAAGGCCAAUGAAGAGGAUAAAUAAAAACAUUAGGGGUUAUGUAUGAUGUGUUGUGUUCUAAAAGGUGGUCUAAAGUACUAGCAGGGCACAUUGCAUUGGUGACCCAUUUUCCAUGUUUGCUUCACGUUUCAGAACAGAUAGUUUUUUUUUUUUUGUUUUUAAUUAUUUAUAAAUGCCAUUGUUAUAAUUCUCCUCUUCUCUGUAUGCUUACUCUAUACGGACUGCCAAGUGCAAAGAACAAUGCUUUAAACAUUGACUGACAGAGAGAUACAUAUUUGUUAAAUAUAUCUUCAAAUAAACACGAUCUAACAGUAAGUGACAGUUGUUGAUGGUUGGUUUAAGGUUCACAUUAAAGGGAUUCUAUAGUGCCAUGAAAAAAAAAAACAGUUUUCCUGCAGCGCCCCACUUCCCUCGCGCCCCCUUUCCCGCAGUGCUGAAGAUGUUAAAAACCCUUCAGUCAUUUUCCUGAAUCCGACGUCAGCCAGCGGGGCAGACCUAAUGCACACAGACAGCAAUGGCAUUCCCUAUGGGGGAAAAUCUGACUCUGUCUGGUAGACAGCCACUAGAGGAGGAGUUAACCCUCAGAGGUAAUUAUUGCAGUUUCUCAGAAACUGCAAUGAUAACCACUGUAGGGUUAAGGGAAAUGGAACAUUGCACCCAGACAACCUCAAUGAGCUGAAGUGGUCUGGGUGCCUAGAGUGUCUCUUUAACUGCCAGGAAUAAACUUAGAUCCUAUACAUAUUAGGCAUUUAACAAUCAUAUAUGAUAUAUGAAUCUAUUUUGAAAUCUUUUUAUUUAGUUGCACAGGAUGUGUAAAAGUUAUUAUAAGCAAAAAUGUGAAAAAAGACCCCCCCCCACCCCCCAUUUUAUACAUUUUAUUUGCAUAUAAUGUUGUGUUAGGUGUACAUAAAGGACCUUAAAGAGACACUAUAGUCACCAGAACAACUACAGCUUAUUGUUUGUUCUGGUAAAUAUAAUCUUUCCCUGCGGGUUUGUUGCUGUAAACACUGCCUUUUCAGAGAAAAGGUAGUAUUUACAUUGCUCCCUAGGGAUACCUCCAGUGCCCACUCCUUAGAUGGCUACUAGAGGAGCUUUCUGGGGCAGUGCUGCACAGCAUUCAGUGUCCACCCUCUGCAUGGAGACACUACUUUCCUUAUAGAGAUAUGGAUUGGCCAGGACUUGGUUAGUGCUGGCUCUGCCCCUGAGCUGCCUCCUUGACAAUCUCAGCCAAUCCAAUGCUUUCCUAUGGAAUAAAGGUAAGAUUUUACUAUGUUUAGGGGGUAAGGAGCGACCAGGGGGGAUAGAUAGUGUUUUUAACAUUAUAGGGUCAGAAGUACAUGUUUGUGUUCCUUUAAAUGAAAGCCCUUUCUGUCCUUGUACAAAAUAAUAUAUAAUAUGUAUGUGGCAUUUGAAGAAAAACCAUUAAAUGAUGGCGGAAUAAACCCAUAGUUCAAACUCAAGGUUUUGUUUUAGUUCAGAAUGUGGGUUAUAGCUUACAUGCCUUAAAGGGUUAUGCUAUAUUUAUGACUGCAUUGCCGCAAGUGCAUUUGAAAUCAGUGCUAUCUCUACAGGGUGAGAAACACCCCUCAAAAAAUGAAAUUUACAUGUCAAUUCCAUAUCUACUAAUAGAGUCCUUUUAAAGCUUUGUAUCUCUGGAAAGUACUUGUGAAGCUGUUUAAAUGUAUUGUACAGUAUCAAUGUCAUAUUUCCUUGUCUUUGAAGUUCUUGAUACAUGCUUGCAUUUAUAUAUGUAGAAAUUCAGUAUUAGAUCCUCCUGCAGUUUUAUAUACGUUAAAGGGACACUAUAGUCACCAAAACAACUUUAGCUUAAUGAAGCAGUUAUGGUGUAUAGAUCAUGCCUUUGCAGUCUCACUGCUCAAUUAUCUACCAUUUAGAAGUUAAAUCACUUUGAACCCUAGUCACACCUCUCUGCAUGUGACUUGCACAACCUUCCUAAACACUUCCUGUAAAGAGUCAUCUAAUGUUUAUCCUUUCUUUAUUGCAAGUUCUAUUUAAUUUAGAUUUUCUUAUCUCCCGCUUUAUUAAUAGCUUGUUAGACCCUGCAAGAGUCUCCUGUAUGUGAUUAAAGUUCAAUUUACAGAGCAAGAGAUAAAAUUGUUUAAGGUAAAUUACAUCUGAUUAAAAGUGAAAUCCGUUUUUUUUCAUGCAGGCUGUGUCAGUCAGAGCCAGGGGAGGUGUGGCAAUGGUUGCAUAAACAAAAACAUAGUUAUUUAACUCCUAAAUGGCAGUGAAUUGAGCAGUGAAACCUGAGAGGCAUGAUCUAUACACUAAAACGGCAUAAUUAAGCUAAAGUUGUUUAGGUGACUAUAGUGUUUCUUUAAAUGGAACAGUAUCUUCUAUAAUAAGGACUGAUGUAGCCAUAGUUGCUUGUACCCUCACCCCAGUAAAUCAUGUAUCCUUUGAAGGUCUCCUGUUUUGAUUAGUGCAGUAGAGGUAAGUAUACACAAAUGGCUUAUUAACCUGCAUGAGAACAUACUGAUUUUCUCCAUUUGUUUUUUUUCUCUCUCUGUAUAAAUCUCGGUCUGUCUACAUUUUGAACUUUCUGGAAUUUUUACAGAUGGUUCCAUCACAUUUUAAGCUUGAUACGUCGUAUUCCCAGCUUGGGAAUUGGACACUCACACCAAUCUUAAAUAGUUACAUUAAAUGACUGGGAAUUUCUAGUUUUGAUGGAUGUCGUAUAUUUCACUUCCAGUUGGAAUACUUUAUACGUCAGGCUUUCAAAGACAAGUCCGCAGUGAAGGGAGAAAAGAAAAACCUAAAUAAAUGUUGCCUUCCAGUUAAACCCCCAGAAUUAGAACAGCCAGGUAUGUAAAUUGUUCACUGUUUCAUUGUGAAAUGAUGUUGUUUUCCCAAUCAAACAUACUUACAUUUUAAUUAGGGCCUCCCCAAAUUGUAUUGUGCUCCAAAUGAUCUGGCAUGUGAUCACUAAAACUCCGAAUUGCAGUGAUCUGACCAAAUACUAAACAUUAGGCCAAAUAGUUACACUGAAAAAUAUCCGGCUAUAGUCACAUCUUGGCAAUUUUCAUUACAGUUCAGUGUUUAGUGAAUAAGCCCCUUUACGUACCCAUGCUGUAGAGGAACAGAUUAUUAUUUGUGUUUAUAUAGCGCCAACAUAUUCAGCAGCGCAUUACAAUUCUAAUGUUGAGAUAUAACAGUAAAAAAUACGAAACACACUAUUAUAAAUGUUGUCAAGAAUAAAAGAGGUUAUUGGGGGCUCUGCUCAUACAAGCUUACACUCUAGAGGAGAUAAGGCAUAAAACCACCAGUGGAGGGUAGCAUGGUAAAUAUGAUCAAUUGGUUACUGCAGGCAAGCAGUAGAGUAGGAAGGCUGGUGAAAUGGACUCUGGAGACAAUAAUAACGGCCUCGAUUUAAUAUAUUUGAAUAAGCUUUUCAAACGAAUUAAUAUUUUUGGCUAAAAAGAUUAAAUGUUUUGAAAAAUUUUUUCAUAUUUUUUUCCAUUUAUUGAUAUAUUUAUAUAUAUAUAGGAUAUAUGUUUUGAUAUUUUAAUAUUUAAGCAUUUAAAAAAAAAAAAACAACAACUUAUCCAACCAUAUUAAAUAAUUUAAACAGGCUUUCCAAAAAUAUUUAGUUCAGGCUCGGUUUAGAAGAGAGGGGGCAGACAAAAUUUUACAAAAUAACAAUAAUGAGGUAAUGGAAUUUCCUCAUUAUGAUGUAAAAUAGUGGUAUUUGUGUUUCAGGGAUUCUUUCAAUUAUUUGUGUUAUUGAAAACAGUUUGACAAAAAUAAAACAAAAUUGAGAGACCGCACGUGCAGCUUCUUAGCACCAUACCCACUACAUUGAUCUAUGAUAGUGCUUGAAGUGUCCCUUAAAAUGGAUAUUCUAAGCAGAACUUCUACUCUCAUAACAGUAUAUCAGCUUAUCACAGGUGUUAGGAGAAAUGUACAUUGAUAAUGCAGAAGUUGUAAAAUCCACAUUAUCACUGUGGCUGAGGAGUGCCCUGUUUUAUGUUUAAACCUUUCUCAAAUUGAGACUCCAGGCAAUAUAACCACAAUACUGAGCAGUAGCAUUCCCUUUGCUUAGUGUACCCCUUUAAGUACGUAAGCAUCAAUCCACAUUUAACUCCAGGGACUUGAAUGAUUUUGUGCAUGAUGAUUAAAUUACUAACCAUUAAAGGGAUUCUAUAGUGCCAGGAAAACAAAGCCGUUUUCCUGGCACUAUAGAAUCCUACAGUGCCCGCCUCCCUCGCCUGCCCACUCCGGCGGGGCUGAAAGGGUUAAAACACAUUUCAGUCACUUACCUGAAUCCAGCUCCGAUGUCCCUCGCUGCUGGGUCAGGCUCCGUCAACGCUCCUCCCCUGCAGACGUCAGCCGGUGGUGGAGACCUAAUGCGCAUGCUAUGGAAAAAAAAUGGGGAAAAAUCUGACGCUGGAGGUCCUAAUGCUGAGUGUGAGAACGUCCAGCGUCACAUAAUGGACCAAAGGUCUGUUUCAAACCAGUAAGCCCUCUAGUGGCUGUCUGGUAUACAGCCACUAGAGGUGGAGUUAACCGUGUAUAGUAAUGAGCUGAAGUGGUCUGGGUGCCUACAGUGUCCCUUUAAGCUGUUCUAUAAUUCUCCUAAAUAAAUGCAGAUAUUUUUAAAUGUAUGUUGUUAACUGGGGGUACAGUUUAUCUGGGGGCACAGCUACCAACUCCAAAUGCUAGUAGUUAUUAAAUUGAAAUGUACCCUACUCAGUAAUAUCUCUAAAACAAUGAUCAACAACAGGCAGAUUCCCCUCUGUUGAAAUACAUCUGUCACAAAACUUUACCAGUCUAAACAGUUGGGCCGUAACUUUCUAAUGCUCCUUCUCUAGAAUUCUAAUAUGUGAUAGUUCAUUAAUAAAACAUCAAUAUUUUAUUCUACUACAAACAUUUCUAUAUACAUUAAUACAUAUAUACAUUGAUAUAUACAAUAUAGUAACCUGCUGCCUAUGUUGUUUUUAUAGAAAAGUUACCAGUAUUGAAGGACGAGCCCUCACAGUAUGAGUCGAACUUUCAAGGCCUAUUGGUGCGCUGUCAGUGUGUGGAUGUGAUAUUUUGCGGAUCAGACUUGGACGAGGUGUCGGCAGCUCAUCGCAUUGUGCUGUGCAGUAUAAGUCCUGUGUUUAGAUUCCUAUUUAAUAAAAAGGAUGCCGGUGACAUUGGGGACCCUGCUCUACCAAUGGCUAUAUAUGAUCUCUUCUCUCUGUGUACAGAGGACAAUAACACAGCUCUCAGCUCCCCUGUAAGGGUUAUUGUUAAGGACGAUCUUUUCAGUUCAUGUUUAUCAGACAUUCUGCACUUCAUUUAUUCAGGUACCAUGUGUGAUCACCAUCAUUCGUUCGCUUUUGAUUCACUUGUCUCAUGCUAAAUCCUCAAUUAAGUCCAUCGUGUACAUUCAUUUGUUCAAUGCAGACCAACUGCAUUUGUAGAAUAAAGCACCCUAACAAUAUAUUGGUGAAAAUGCUUUUGUAUUUCUUUUUAUUUUGGUACUUAAAGGAACACUAUAGUCACCAAAACAACUUUAGCUUAAUUAAGUAAUUUUGAUGUAUAGAUCAUGCCUCUGAAGUUACACAUUUCAAAUAUCUGCCAUUUAGGAGUUAAAUCACUUUUGUUUCUGCUUAUGCAGAACUAACUACACCUACACUGGCAGUGAUUACACAGCCUGCAUGAAAAAAAAAAUGGUUUCAUUUUUAAUCAGAUGUUAACUUACUUUAAAAGUUUUUAUCUCUUGGUCUGUAAAUUGAACUUUAAUCACAUACAGAAGGCUCCUGCAGGAUUUAGCAAGCUUUUAACGUGCAGGAGAUAAGAAAUUCUAAAGAAAAAAAGAAUUCACAAUAAAGGAAGUAUAAACAUUAGAUGACUCUUUACAGAAAGUGUUUAGGAAGGUUGUACAAGUCACAUGUAGAGAGGUGUGACCAGGGCUGCAUAAACAAAGUGAGUUUACUCCUAAAUGGCAGAGAACUGAGCAGUGAGACAGCAGGUGCAUGAUCUUUACACCAAAUCUGCUUUAUUAAGCUAAAGUUGUUUUGGUGACUAUAGUGUCCCUUUAAUACAAAUAAGAGAUUGGCUUCUCAGAGGAAUCGUCAUGUCUGAUACACAGAAUUCUACAUACAAAGUAUAAUGAGAUACAGUUAACCAAUAAAGGACAACUGUGCUAUACUUUACUCUGUUCUUUAUAGGUUGACUGUAUCUCAUUAUAUUUUGCAUAUCGUGUAUUGUGAUAUUUCCAACUACCAGACUAUCAUCCUUUUUUUUAAAUGUUCUAUUCCCAGAGCUGCUGCUGGAUCUUUCCUUUCUGCUUGUCUCCAUAUUACAUGAUUUAUAUAUUGCAUGUUAAUUUCAUACAAUUCCCUUGUAAUUUUUUGCAUUUUUUUAAAGUUUAUAAAAAAAACCUCUUCCUGACUCCUUCCUGUCCCGUUUUAUGUCCUUUAAAGUCUUCCCCCUCCUUUUGCACAUUUUCUUGUCUUUCCUUCUCUGUUAUAUAACUAUCCCAUUCACAUCAGACACUCUCUCUCCUCCUGUUUACGGGUCUCUUCCUAACUGAGAAAUAUUAUCUAUUUAAAGCUGAUUAAAUAUUCAAAAGCACAGUCAUCACGAUUACAUUAUUGUAUUUUCUUUCCUUUCUAGUAAACUCUAAAAUCUACAUUUGUUUAACCAUCUCGAACACACAUAUAUAUAUUGUAGAUUGUCUGUCUAUAUUUUGUAAGUUGGUUGUCAGAGGACAUUAUUUGUAUAACCAGAUCUCAUUUGCAUAAUGCUAUAUAUAUUCAAACAGAGAUGUGUCUGACUCAUGUAUGAUUUUCAUGGAACUAAAUCUCACAGAAAAGCAGGACAGGAAAAACAAGUUAUAAUAAAUGUAACUAUUACUAAGAAAUUAUAUUCCAGUAAAGAAAUAGAACACUGAAAAAUCAUUUUUCUCUGUCCGUACCCCCUAUUACCUAUACCCAACGACAGACUAGACACCUUGUUUGUUCAAUAAAUAUUUUACUCCUUGUUAGAUGAUAACGUAUUUACAUUGUGAACACUUCUGAAUAUACAUCUCAUCUAAUCCUCUUAAUAUUUCAGGACUGGAUGUUAAAUCUAGAUAUAUCAUCUUUAAUAAAAUUAAACUUAAGAUGCUCCAGUCAAGGCUAAUCUAAAUGAUAGACGAAGGGGCAUCCUUUUAAUAGGAUAGUAUGGUUUUUAUAUUAUUAUUAUUAUUAUUAUUAUUAUACAGACGCCACUUACUGGAGCAUCUCUUGCCAUUUAACUGCUAGUAGAGUCGCCAAACAGUGCAUCUGCAACUUUUUGUAAUUUUUAAAAAUAUUUUAGCUUUUUUUUUUUUUUUUUUUCAAUGCUUUAUCCUUGAAAUAUAUUAAAACAUAGGCGCACAUUUCUCCUAUAAUUUCCUCUUGAUUACGUGAUCUUAUGUCUUGCGUGGCUGUUAACACUAAAGAAAGUUCCAUCUAAUUAUAAAAUAUCAGGAGAUACUAGAAUUGUACUAUCCAGUUAUUUGGAAUAUGUAAAUGUAUGAUCUGACACAUGGAUCAAACAUCACUAGAUUUAAAAAAAAAUAAAAAAUGAUAGCAAUGAAUUCAGCCUGGGAUUCCCGAUGUAUCUAACUGACAUCUGGUUCUUCCCAUCUCAGGUGCAUGUCAGUGGGGGCUGCUUGAACAGUGCCUUAGAAAAAAGAUGAAAGAUCCGGCAGGUGUUGUACAUGUCCUACAGAGAGUCCGAUGGAUAGUAAAAGUAAGGAAUCCUUUUAUUUAGUAUGGUAUUAGCAUGCUCCAUGCAAUAUAAAGAUUUCUAUUAACUGCACCUACCUACAAUGUCUUCCAACAUGUCAAAUGGCCAGAGAGGGACAGUUGUGACACAAAAGGACACAAGAGAAGGAGGUACAAGCUAAUUUAGGUGACAUAAAGGAACACACACACACUGCUAUACACACACAAACACUGCCACACACUACUAGAUAUACACACACACUGCCAUACACUGCUAAACACACACACACACACACACUAAUGUAUACACAUUGACAGUAAAUGGGUUACUAGCUGCAGUACUGGCAAUUACACCACCUUAAUAAAUAAUGUAAUAAUUUGCACAUUGAAUUAAACUGCAGUAAAAUGUAUAUCUCCAAACCUCCCUCGCACAAACCGAAGUAAACUGACCACCACAAUGCAAUGAUUUGUGGGCCCAGAACAUACUUGAAAACGAGAGAAAUCUCAAUGUAUCUUUCCUGGUAAAAUAUUUUAUAAAUAAAUGAUAUCUAGUUAAUUAAUUGUCAUUUUCUGCCUGUAGGAAGAAAAUCCAUCAGAUCUGUCUUCAGGUUCACCGACCCUCUCUCAUUCUCUGGGACACUAUUUUAACACUCCUUUCUUAGCAGAUAUAAUCUUCCAUGUCCAAGGUAAUUUGCCAUUAUUCUCACAAAUUCACAGUACCAAGAACAGUUAUCGUAACAUUUCACAUUUUCGGGGUUAUUUACCAAAGUCAGUUGGCUCUUUUACUUUAACUUUAAAAAUGUGAAUGUCAUAUAAUGUACAAAACAAAGCAAGUUUUUUACAGUGGUAAAAUCUUUGAUUUGUCAAAGGAGCAAUAACGUAAUAAUGGUCUCCAACCAUCAGAAAUCACCUGACAGAAAUCACCUGACAUGCGGCCCCAGUUAUGACCUGCAACGUGUCUGCAUCUAUUUCCUGGUAUUCCUGAUGAGCCUUUAUAUGUAGUUGUAUAUGAGAAACACAGCUACAAACCAUUAAUACAUGCAAAAUGGCAUGUCUUAAAGGUCCACUACAGUGCCAGGAAAACAAACUCGUUUUCCUGGCACUAUGUAGUCCUUAGGUUCCCCCCCACCCCCAGCCUCAUGGCCCCCCUCCCGCUGGGCUGAAGGGGUUAAAAUCCCUUCAGCCACUUACCUUUAUCCAGCGCCAGCUCCCUCGGCGCUGGUGACCUCUUCUCCCCUUCCGACGUUGGCUCCCAAGUGCUCAAUGAUUUCCUAUGAACGUCAGCAUCUUCUCACUGUCAUUUUCACAGUGAGAAUCACGGAAACGGCCUCUAGUGGCUGUCUGGGAGACAGUCACUAGAGGCUGGAUUAACCCUCAGUGAAACAUAGCAGUUUCUCUGAAACUGUUUUGUUUUCAGCUGCAGGGUUAAAACUAGAGGGACCUGGCACCCAGACCACUUUAUUGAGCUGAAGUGGUCUGGGUGCCUAUAGUGGUCCUUUAAAUAAUGUAUUUAUUUUGUAACAAUUUAGUAGAUAUACCCCAAAUGAAAACACGCCUGCAUUAAUUGCUGAAUUUGGCCAUUCAGGGUAAUAUAUAAAAAAAGACGCAGUUCUCUUUUUCUGCAACCCUCAUCCUCAUGGAGAUCUCCUGGCUGAAAGCUAGGAAGUCCACGGACAGGGCUGAAGUGGGCUCUGUGGGUUUGUGCUUGGGGGGAAAAGCUAAUAGAAUCAGAAAUAACUCCUCCUUGGCUGUCUGACAACCAGGAACAUGUUUCUUACAUUAGUUCCAAAGGUGCCAAUUUCAAAGAGAAAUCAGCAUGUUAAUACACUGCAAUUAAAAAGAGAUACUCCACACACAUAGAGCACUCCAGCAAGUAGUGUCCCUUUUAAAAGCAAAACAAACUCACCCAGUAGCCUAUAACAUGGCUAACUGUACAUUAGAACACAACAAAUGUAACACAUAGCAAAUGAGAAAUUUACUGAGAAUUGGAUGCCUUUCUACUUAAUGGAGCCUGGGUCUCGGUUUAUUGUGAAUGGGGUAAAAAACUAUCAAAAUGGCAAAAUUAGUUUAUACGAGUUUUUAUCUCGUAUGAUAGAAUCGAUCUUUAGCAGAGCUCUGCGUUUCUCUUUUAACGUAAUCUAGCAAAUAAAUGUUCACGCGGUAAAUCAAAAAAGGCAAAAAGGUACAAAUAUUUAUUUAUCUCUGCAUGGAUUCUGGGUAGAGGGAAAUCUAUAAGCAAAACAAUAUUAAAGGGACACUAUAGUCACCCAGACCACUUCAGCUCAAUGAAGCGGUCUAGGUGCCAGGUCCCCCAGGUUUUAACCCUUCAGAUGUACACUUACAUUGCAGGGUUAAUCCAGCCUGUAGUGGCUGUCUUACUGACAGCCGCUAGAGGCGCUUCUGCGACACUAGAUCCGAAAAUCACAUUCAGCGUGCAGAAUCUCCAUAGGAAAUGCUUUCCUAUGGACUGUUUGAAUGCGCACGCAGCACUUGCUGCGCACGCGCAUUCCGCUCCACUCAGGAGCUGACGUCGGCGGGGGAGGAGAGGUCACCAGCGCCGAGGGAGCCCGGCGCUGGAUUAAGGUAAAUUGCUGAAGGGGGUUUAACCCCUUCAGCCCAGCAGGAGGGGGCCCUGAGGGUGGGGGGGACCCAAGGGUUAUAUAGUGUCAGGAAAACGAGUUUGUUUUCCUGACACUAUAGUGAUCCUUUAAGACAUGGAUGUAUAGCCAUAAUAGAAUAGAUAUUCAGACAGCUAGUAAUGUGACAGGACCGAGCUGCGUGACUCAGAUAAUGUGCGUUUAUAUAAGUACUUAAUCAUGGUACACUGACCUGUAGGGUGUAGUCUGAUUACAUUUCUAGCAUACUUUACCUUGACCAAACAUGAUGCACACCUCGCUUUGCUGAAUUCAAGAGAAAAUCCAUGUGAGAAUGGAUGAGAUUAAAAGGACAAAGGGAAGUGAUCUAUAAUAAUCUGGUGUUAUAUAUAGUACAGAAUUACAGAAUUUCAGAGGAAAAUGGUUUUGUCACACAGGCCUAUGUAUCCAAUGGACGGUAGGCGAGCUGUAGAUCAUUUAUAAUAAACAGCAGACGAACUGAUCUAAACACAUACAAUUUUUAGGACUUUUCUAAUUACAUUGUUAUCCCCAUGUGUACAUUUUCCAUAAUGUGUUACUGCGAUCACUUUUCACUUAAUUUCUCCACAAUCCUGUUGUUUGCUGCAUUUUUCUACUGUUUGAUCUCCACCAUAGUCUUAUCCUGAAAUCUCGGGUUUCCAGGUCUGCAAAUGUUGCUGGCUAGCAUCUUCUGGAUUAUAUUAACUUCCUGUUUCGUAUCCAUGAUGACCUCCUAUAAUCACCUCAUUCAAUUCUCUCCCUUCCUGUUCUGCUUUUAUAGAUAGAGACUGUUUAAAUUACUUUCACUAUUUGAGACACAAGGAGUGAGCUGUUGGGGCAUGAAAGUGACGAACAAACUGAGCCCAAAAUAGCCAAAUUUGCCAAAUUAGCCAUUUUUUGAGUUCAACGAUUUUGGCCUAAAAUGUUAAAUUCACAUUCAUUUCCCAACAACUUUUGAGAUUAACCUUUAUUCUGAUUUACAAUGUAUCACUUUACACCAGGCUCUCAAAAAUCAGCACGAUAUUCAAAGCAAUAGCCUAUGAAAACCACUUAACUGCUUAUUAGUAGUUUAUCAGAUCACAAAACCAAUCUCAGCUGAUAUCCAAUGUAACCUUUGCCACGUAACACAAACAGAAGAAUUCAAAUCUAGAAAAACUUAAAUUGUGCUGUGACAUGUUGUGCUAAAAUAAAAAAAUUUAAAAAUACAGGUCGCCUAGCAUAAUUUGAAAUAAUGCCUAGUGCUUAUGCACAAGAGGCUUCAAAAUACUACAGUUGGGCAAACUCGUUUUCCUACGGGAAAGCAUUGGAUUGACUGAGAAUUUCAAGACUGAUUAUCUCAGCCACGGAAGCGGGGCCAGCAGCAAGCAUAGAACGGCGAUGGAGAGAAAGUAAAAUACCUUUUAUCUCCAGUCUGAUGAGGGGCAGUGACAUAUAUGAUAGUCCAUAUUUGUAUUCUGAACACCUUAGUGUUUCUUUAACUAUUUUAUUUAAUCGCCCCCACCCAUUUAUUUGGUACACGGGGGAAGACUCUAUGGCAUCCCCCUUAUUAAUUUAUCAGGUGCCCCAACAUGGGGGUACGGGGAAACCUGUGUUAGGACCCUCUUUAUUGGAUUAGAAAAUGGGCAGUAUUUUUGUUUACAGCAGCGAGCAGCCACCGGCUGUUUAGAAGUCAUGCUCAAUAUUGGCGGCACAGCAGGUAAGGGCAGAAGGGAUUGUUUAAUCUUCCCUAUAUACUGAUAGUAUUUUUACUUUGUCUUUCAUUAUGAAAAAGAAGGGCUUUUCAUAAUUUUGGUCUUUCAGCUUUUUAGUAGAUAGCUCCUAAUCCUUAUGUGAGAUUGUCAUAAGGAUACAAAAAAGGGGCUGUCUGCUAAACAGCUCCCUAAUGUGGCAAUUCUACAACUGUAUCAAAUUUAGGGAGUUAUCUACUAAAUUGAUGCAAGAUACAGUCGCGGCCUGAGACACAAAUCUGAAUUUGUUUAGUCUGAAUGAAAUUCCGAAACGAAAAUAAUGGCCUAAUAUCUUCCACAAAUGAAUGCACAAACAGAGUAAACUCCGUUCUGCAAUAACAAUUUUUUGUUUGUUUUUUAAUCUGAAAGUAUUUGGGCAAAACCAAAAUUUUGGCAGUGCCCAAGUUUAUUAAAUACCACUAUAAUACUACAACAAGCUAAAUGGAUUUACACUGCAACAGAGUGCUAUUCCAGUAGUUUAGCCAUUGGCUAGUUUAUCGUCUAAAUCAUACUGUGUCAGGAGCAAUUAUAUUUAGCAACUUCGCAUGAAAAGCAGUCUGCUAAAUUACAACUUUUUUUCCCCUAAUAUUUUUUUAACAAAGUCAGAUGCAUGUUUUUGUAAAAAGUAAAAAAUCUCUUAAACCUUAGAACCACCUCUUGUGUUCACUUACAAGAGGAAGUGGUUAGUCAAGAAUAACAGUCAGGGCUGGAGUGGUCCACCGGGAUACCGGAAAAUUUCCCAGUGGACCGCGGCUCCUGGGGGCAGCGCAGCGCACUAAUUCUUUCCACCCAUAGAGAGGGAGCCGGCUGGUUUCAGUAACAUCGUGGCCAUCGGCCACAUGAAGGUGUUGCCGGUUCGGUGGCACACUCUGAGGGAGGAGGCCGGCCGCGUUCAGCAGUUACCUUUCGGCCAGUGGCCGCAUCUCAUGUUAUGGUGGUGCCAACAGGACGGCUGGCCACCUAGCUGUUCCGGCGGCACGCUCACUAAUACUGACAGCCGUGCAGCUGUCAGAUAGCACAGGAGGACUGAGGGAGGGGACAGACCUCACUAUCAUGCUCCCUCGCGGUUCCCACAAUUCCCAGCACAGCCACAUCAUAGAAUAGUAAAAACCAAAGUAAAGAAAAAGUUACCUGCACUCUCUCCUUAAUCCCUAUGUAUAUUUAUACAAAUGGAGGUCAUUUAGUUGCUCCAAUGGCCAUUGGAGGGAAUGCCCGCCUGCCAACGUCAAGGCAGACCCCCCUAAAGCGGGUCCUACACUGACCCUUCAACCUGCUUCCUUGAGCUUCAGGCAAAGAUAUCUCUAAUGAGACAGAGAGGGGGCCGGCCCAGUAGUGCUGGCCCAGUAGUGAUGGGAGUGAGCACAGGACUUAUCUUUUUGUAUUUGUAUUUACAGGGAAGAGAGAAACACAUGGAGGAGAGGGAGAGAAAGAGACACAGGAGCAGUGAGGGGGAGAAAGAGACACACAGAGGGGCUGGGGGAAGAAUGCUGCACACAGAGGGACUGGGGGGAGACAAAGAGACACACAGAAGGAUUGUUGGGGGACACAGAGAAGGGAAGGGGAACAAAGUGACACAUUUUGUGGGGGCAAAGCUGUGCUGGGGAAGAAAGACACAUAGAGUGGCAGGGAGGAGAGAAAGAGGCACACAGAAGGACUGGAGUUAGAAUAGACACACAGGGAAGGGGAAAAAGACAAAGGGGCUGGGCUGGGAAGAAAGAAACAUACAGAGGGCUGAAGAAGGGUAAUAAGAGACACACAGGUGCUGAGAUGAAGUAAAAGUGGGUUUGAAAGAGAAGGGGAGUUGAAAGAGACACCAAGGAGAAAAAUUGGAGACAAGAUACACUAAAUGAGGUAAAAAAAUGAAAGAAGGGAAUAAUAAACACAAAAAACCAGCACGUAAUUCAAAAGGAGGUUAAGAGAAACACAAGAGAAGAUGCAUUUUUUUGUGUGUGUUUGGGGGGCAUGGGGGUGGGGGGAUGCAUUUUCGCCUGUGUCUACUGCUCUCCCUGUAACUUAGUUCUUCAGUACAGGAAUUUAUGCCCAAGAGCUAAUUGACAGGUGAGCGAAAGACCUCUUAUUAAAUAGAUUUUCCUUCCAAUAUAUGCAUUUUGCUAGCAAUCUUUCUAAUACAAUGUACAGAUAGACGUGAUUAAUGUGACUCUGACAGUAAUGCACACACACACACACACAUAUAUGCAUGUAGAUUAAUGUGUGUAUUUGUGAUAUAUAUAAUUGUACCUAUAAUAUUUAAACAUAUAUUAAUAUACAUUUAUAUAUGCAUAAUACACACAGAAAUGUCAUUAAUAUAUAACUAAACUUGAUAACUUCAUUUUUCACAGCUGUGUAACAUUCAACAUCUCAGUCCCAUUACCAAACUUUCCUUAAUAUGUCGAGGUAGUUGGACUGAAACAUUGAUUAUAUGCAAAUGUACGUCUGCUUAAAAUAAAUCCGCUCUUUUGUUUAUUUUGAAGCCCUAUGAGGGCUUUCUUUCAGUGCAGUAAUAGUUUUCAAAUUUAGGUUUUCUUUUCCCACCACUAUAUCAGCACACUAUACUGGCGCAAAGCAUUAUUGGGCUGGUAUAGAAUUUUUUCCAGGGCUGCUUUUAUUUCCCAGUCCGGCCCUGUUAACAGCUGUAUGAUUUUUAUAAACCUUAUUUAAUAUAUGGCUUUUUCUUAGAAUGUUCUAUACCAGCUAUACAGCAGUAGUGUCAUUCAUGGCAGACCAUGUCAUUAAUUGGUUCAUUCAUGAAAACACAACUUAAGUCGCUUGGAGCUUUCUGUUAAUUCAUAUGUAUAUAUAGCUUUAUUCAUGUGAUUUACUUAUAGUUGGAUAGCUUCAUUACAUAUCCCACAAUCCAUUGGUUCAAUGAACUUUAUCAGAUAUCUAGAAUGAAAACAGAGGUCAUUUCUCGGUCUAUGCAGAAAUCACUGUAAAUUAGAAAAUCACUGUGUGUUUAUUAAUAUCUUUUUUUAUUUUUCUGCAUAAUUUAGUCAUGAUAUAUAUCUAUAAUCCAUUGAAAGGGAGAGGAGGUAAUGGAAAAUAUCUUUGCAUACUAGUCUAAUUUACUAUAACAAUAUUGUUAUUGAGGUGAAUAUUCUAAAUGGUAACUUAUGCUUCUGUUGAUAAAAAAAAAAGUUAUUCAAAAAAAAAAAGGGGAGUGGGGGGGGGGGAGAGAAAGUCAACACCUAGAGUUCUCUUUGAUACCAAGUCAUAUCAAGUGAGUAUAGCUAAGAGGUUUUAAGCGAUACUAGAAUAUUUUUAGUUUAGUAUAAUAGCUUUCGUAGUCACAUUAACCAUACAGCUAUUAUAGUUUUGGUAAAUUAACAGUAUGUAUACUUGUGGGGAUGGCACAGUAUAGUAGACAAUGCCUAUUAAUGAGAGUGUAUUGUAAGAUAUAUGUUGUAAUAUUUCUGUGUUUGUAUUUCAGGCUUUGCAGUCCCUGCCCACCGCGCUGUGCUCGUAGCUCGAUGUGAAGUCAUGGCCGCUAUGUUCAGUGGGAAUUACAUGGAAGCGAAGAGUUUUCAGAUUCCUGUUUAUGGUGUUUCUAAGGACACCUUCCUAAUAUUUCUAGAAUACCUUUAUACUGAUUCCUGUUGUCCUGGUAAGCUGUAACACCCACACUGUUAGCAUCUGCUGCAGAACUUCAUGCAUAACUUCCAUUUUACCCUUAGUACUUCCACGGGAGCCAAGCAGAACCUUUAUUUUGAGGGACAUUAAAGAGACUCUAUAAUCUCUGACCAUUUGCAUACUCUAAUAGCUAACUAUAUUAUCAUGUUAUAUUUGUGCUGUGCAUUUUAUUAAUUCCUAUUAUAUGCAAGACCAUCAAAGUUUUAUCCUACAUACAGUUUGCUAUUCACUAAACUGGUAAGUAUAGAGCAUUGAGAAGGCCAGUAUUGCUGGAUUGUGAACUGGCUUACAGCUGGGCUAUUAUGGCCUAAAUUUUGCAAUGUCUUCAUCAAUUUUUCAAACUUUCUGGGUUAGUGCACAACCCUGAGUGUAAAUCUCAUCACUGUGAUUGUCUAACCGUGUUUGAACAUGCAUAGACAAUAAUUGUGUUUGAGCAUGGGAAGACGAUAAGCGUGUUUGAACAUGGGAAGACAAUAAUUGUGUUUGAGCAUGGGAAGGCGAUAAUUGUGUUUAAACAUGGAAAGACGAUAAUCGUGUUUGAACGUGGGAAGACAAUAAUCGUGUUUGAGCAUGGGAAGACGAUAAUCGUGUUUGAACAUGGGAAGACGAUAAUCGUGUUUGAAAAUGGGAAGACGAUAAGCGUGUUUGAACAUGGGAAGACGAUAAUCGUGUUUGAAUGUGGGAAGACGAUAAUCGCUUUUAAACAUGGGAAGAUAAAAACCGUGUUUGAACAUGGGAAGACGAUAAUCGUGUCUGUAUAUCCUUUCUCUGCUCAGGAUGGGAAGAUAUCCGAGCCAGUACCAGGUGCUACAGAGAUGCACACCUCACAGAAGCAAACGCUACAUUCGCUUGUAGCAGGUUUAGUGAAAUGCAACUGUCAUCAGUGCAAACUAUAACUGGAAGAUAUUGUAGAAUUAAAGGUGACCGCAGCUCUCCAGUGUACACAGAGCAGCUGUAUAUAAAAGUUGCCAUAAAUGCAUCAUGUUGAUUGCACCCUGUGGUAUGUGGAACUUAUAUGCUGCAGUAUACCUGAUUUAAUUCUUCACCGGGUUUGCUACCUGAUACAUUUCAGAUCCAAAUCCUACAGGACAGCACUUUUCAUAUGUUGUCCAUCAAUUUCUAAAAGUCGUAUGUCUCGUAGUGGCAUCCCUUUCCCAUAUUAAUGAGAUUACACAUUGGCUGCUAGAUUGGCGUGGAAGAAAUGUGCUAUGCUUUUGGAGUGUUCUUUUGAAGUGAGUUGUUUAUUCCAUUUGUUAUAUGUAGAUAAUGGAUCACCAAACUUCUUAAUCUGUACUUUAUGUCACUUUUUAUCCCCCGCCAUAAUUUAAUGGCACUGCAGGCACUGUAAUGGUGAGCUUUCCCCUUAUUUCCUCCAAAGCAACUUUGGUGGACUUAAAAAAUUGGAACAGGCUACCUCAACAUGUAAAGAACCCUGACCAGUAAAUGGCACAGAGCAGUCUCAGUAAAUACUACUCACGUCUGUGAGAGCCCAAUGAAUAAAGCUGCCGAGGACAUUUAAAAAAAAGUCUUUUAAAACAAAAUGAAAGUAUAGGGUACAAAGUAUUUAUGAAAAAUGCAUUUUUCCCUCCAAAACUCAGUUGGUUCUGACUUGCUAUAACUAUUUUCAAAUGACUUCUGCUUGUCUACAUAUCUCCCCACCGCCUUGCCCCUAUUCAUCGUUACCCAUCCCCUCUCCUCCAUAGUCUGUAUACCCUCCCAAAGCUGCAACUCCACUCCUUCACUUUCUAACAGAUUGGCUAAAGCCACAUGUCCUUUGGUAAAUGUAUAUUAUCCUCUUGUUCUACAUAUUGUUAAUGAUUACAGCGGUGUUGGUUGAUGGCUAUACCACUAUAUUAAUGCAGUCUGACUGUACCGGAGUUCAAGGUUUAGUUUAAGUUGACAGUUUGUGUUUUGUUAUAGUUACAGAGUACACUACCUGCCCACCGUGUUAUAGCUUACCUGCUGAUCACUGUAGCAUUGCUAAUCUAUGUAAAAGGCUCUGGGCAAGGAUGCUGUAUAAAAAACACAAAAAAUGCUCUCUAAGGUAGAAAAGUAACAAAACUCAUAGAGUAAUAAUGUACAAACAACAUAUAUAGUAAAUCCUAUAUCUUGCACUCACAAACAUAAUUUGAUUGAUUGUUGGCAUAUCCGAUAAUCUGCAGAUCACAAAAGGACGGACAUAUGGGGACAAAAUGAAAUGAUAAUACUGCAGUAUGUUAUUUCAAAACGCUGUGCUUUAUUAUAAGUAACACUUAAAGAAUCACUGUACAAAAAGGCACAUUGAAUAAUGUAGAUGUAAUUGCCAAUAGAUAAUGGUCCUUAGUUUCCGCUUUAGCCUUCUAUGAAUCACUCCUCCUCAUUCCAUUUAAAGCUAAUUAACAUGAAUUGUGAAAAACACAAAUAACACAAAAUAAAAUGUGAAAACAUUAAAUAAAAUUCCCUUAUUAAAUGUUCAACCCUUCGCGUAUCGUCCGGUAUAUGUCCGGACUUCCUCAGGGGUAAAAGGAUAAAUAGCUAGAUGUAUCAAAAAUGAUAAAAAAAUGGAAAAUAAAUUUAAAAAAAAUAAAAUAAAAAUAGAAAUAAAUAUUAUAAAUAUUAUUAUAAAUAUUACAAAUAUUAUAAAUAUGUACAUAGAAGUCUUAUAAAAAAAUUCAUAUAGACAGUAAUAAAAACUAUAAAAAACAUACUAAAUCGAAAAUCCACAUUUUAAACCUUUUGGAUUCACUGUCUUUUAUAAGGAUGCUAUAUAACAGAUGCUAACAAAGUGUAUAUGCAUAAUACUUCAUAGCUCAAUGCCCAAUGAUACUGUUAACGUUUGAUUUUAUUUCCCAGCCAGUAUUCUACAAGCCAUAUCAUUGCUGGUGUGUUCUGAGAUGUACCAAGUGCCAAGACUUCAACACAUGUGUGAAUCGUACGUCAUCACCCAGCUCCAAAACAUGUCCAGCCGGGAGCUUUCGACAACCAGUUUCAGUGUUGUUCCUUUGUUGAGGAAGGCUCAGGUAGAGUGUGUGUGUGUGUGUUUGCCUGUAUAGGCACACUUAUAGCUACAGCUCUGUGUCAUGUUUUAGUGUCAAUCCUAUUGUUGGGCUCUGUUCAUAACAUUGGACUCAUUUUACAACCAGAACCAUUCAGUCAGACAUGAGUCCUUCAUUAUCGGGGGACCUAAACCUGUUUAAAGGGACACUAUAGGCACCCAGACCACUUUGGCUUAUUGAAGUGGUCUGGGUGCACUGUGCCUAUUGCACUUAGUGUUACAAUGUAAAAUAUGGCAGUUCCAAAGAAAUUGCAAUGUUUUCAUUGCAGCAAUAAGUCUACCUCUACCAGACGGCCACUGGAGGCGCUUCCUGGCUGUUAACAGACAUUCAGCAUCAGCUAUUUCCCCUUAGGAAAGCAUUGAUUCAAUGCUUUCCUAUAGGGAGAGCCUAAUGUGUGUGCCACUUGUCGCAUAAGCUCAACCUUGUGGACAUAACGUCGGAGGAGGAGGAGCUGCGAACCAACGCCGAGGGUCAUCGCCACUGGGAUCAGGUAAGUAAAAGGGCUUUUAACCCUUUAUUCACCAAAGCAGAGGGGGAGGGGGAAGUGUGAGGGAUAGGGGAGACAGAGGGAGCUAUAGUGCCAGGAAUACAGCUUUGUAUUCCUUGGAACAUAUACUAUUUCUUUAACUCAACCUCAUUGCAAUGAUAAAAUCAGGUGACAUGUUCCUAUUCAUUCUUAUUCUAGACUACAGGCCUAAUGCUUGACUGAUCAGUGCUUCAAAAUUCUCCUGUUGUGUUAUGUAAUGUGUGAAUGGAUACUAUAACAUUUAAAACCCUCUCAAUGAGUAAAUGAAAUGUGGGAUUUUUUAACAAGACUUGGUAAUCAGCAUCGUGUAUUUACAAUUUGUCUUUUUUUUUUAAUCUUCCUUUCCAUUUGUAUUUCAGUUCCAUCAUUCGGAAUGCCUUUCAACAUGGCUACUUUAUUUCAUUGCCACAAACUACCUGAUCUUCAGUCAGAAAAAAGAAUUCCAAGAUCUGACACGUAUGUCAUUAUAUACCUGUAUUUCAAGUGUCAAAACUUUAUAAGGAUUUAGAUUUUUUUCCGACAUACCACGUGACAUGACUGUCUGCAAUCAGAAUGUAUGUCUAUUUAGCGUUAUGAUACAAAGUUUACUUAUAAAUAAUAAUCAGCGGAUUAAAACCGUGUAGUCUCAUCUCAGAAUUUCUCAGAAUUUGUGUACAGCACUAUGUGCAUACUUCUCCAGUAAGGCUUCAAGGAGAUGUAACAAGCUGCUGAAGGUACAAACAAUAUAGUCGUGUGCUAAAUUUGUUUAAUCGAUAAACAAAUAUUUCAGUCUGAAUCAUUAUUAUUUAUGUAGCGCGAACAUAUUCUGCAGCACUUUACAGUUCUAGAAAGGAGAUCAAAGUGAGCUUACAAUCCAUGAGUAUUUGAGAUAGGUGGAUAUAUAUAUGGUUAGGUGCCUAAGGACACUGACUGGCGAGGUGAUCUGACUGGGAUUCGAACCUGGGUUUCACAUCCUAAAGAAUCUAUAAAUCGAUUGGUUUGGGUGUUCAUUCAGACAAACUGAUUUUUUUUAUGGAUGAAACUAAAUUUUGCACACGUCUAGAAAAUACUUGUGCCUUGGAAAAAAAAUCUCUAGUUCUCCCUUCAUCUUACAGAGUAAUUAACUAAAGUUAGAAUUCCAAGUGAAUUUCAAAUUUUAGGCCAAAGUAGCUGAUCUGAAAGGGAAGCCAGCAUGUUAGCACCAGCACAGGGAUUGCCAUACUUAGGAAAGUGACCCCAAGCAGGGCCAGUUACUCCACAAUCACACGCAGCCAGAUACACGCUCUGCCAACCAACACAGUCGGACUCAACCAAGCCCGUACAGAAUCACACGGUGCCAACCCCUGCACAAUCACACUCAGCCAUCACACACAUCCCACUAAGCUGUUCUGCUUUGGGGGGAGCAAGGAGGGUGGUAAGACGGCCCCUUCUUUAAUUAUUGCAUUGGGGUCCUGUGAUUCCUACUGAAACCCCUGAUUUAUUGCCUCAACCUUAGUUACCAGAACUCUGUGUGUGUCAUUUAUUGAAUAACAUUUACCCUAUUACACUCUCUCCUUCUAGCUGAAGAGCGUGCUUUCAUUGAAGCGCACAGAUGGCCAUCGAGUAUCUAUUUAAAGAAGCUUGCAGAAUAUAGACUGCAUGUACACUCUCAAAAGCACAGGUGUGCUAUGAUGUAGCUUGGAAACACUACGUGGACUUGAUAUAUGAAGCAUUUACCUGCCUGCUCUACAGUUAACACAGCAGCGGCUGACCUUGACAGCUGCAGAUGUUUGAGAAAUAUAUGUGCAUGAUGCUUAGACAUGGUUGCACGAACCCAGCUAUUGUAAAUCUGUGAAUGGGCAGAGGUUUGAAUUGCUGAACGGAUCUUGGAGCACAGAUUAGCCAUACACUGCCAAAUUUUCUGGAAUAUCCAUUUUUAUAAUAGAAUUGUAUUUUUGCUGCUGUCUGUUAUUUCAGGGUCAUAGAGAUACUAUAAGGUGAACAUUUGGAGUGAGAAAACACAUUGUUAAUAUAGUAUUCAUCCCGAUUUAGCAUUCAACCUUUUAAAUUUUGUUAAAUCUAUUCCUUUAUAUUCACGGUAAGUUUGUGAAAUUCCAUGCUUUGCUCUGUCUAUGGCAUUUUAAGCACAAAACAGGAUUCUUUGGUUAUGAAAUACUUAUUUUAAAAUGAUUUUUAACAAUGAAUAAACUGGUGCCGAAUGAACCAUUCCUUAACGCAUGACUCCGGGCCGGAUGCAUUAACAUCUCCCUGUCCUGAGUGCAUGCAAGUCCAAACAAUUAUUCGGUUAGAUUUGUUUUCUUUAGUCACAGUGUUUGAAGCAUAGCAUGUUAUAUAAGACCUUGAAUGCAUUGGCUUACUGCGAUCCCCCUUUUCACAGAUUUUUGGUGAUAGGACAUAAUGGCGAGAGAUUUAUAGAAGUAUUUCUGGCUUAAAUUUUAUUUGUUUCCAUGGUAAUUGCAAAUGGAAUGCAAUGGUUUUUGGUGCUGAUGCACAAACAAUGCACGUAAGGUCAUGCAACCUCGCAAACCGCAUGGCUUGUGUUGGACUCUGAUUACUGAUCUUCAAAUUCCGAUCAAAGUGUAAUAGAAUGCAUAAUGAUCUCAUAAAUAACUACGAUUUGUAAGAGUGGGGGUCUGGCUAUAAACUAGCAUUGUAAGACCGCUACCAACAGAGUUAAUAUAUUAUCUUUAAACUCAUUGUGCACUGUUUGCCUCAUUUCUUUUUCCAUCAUAUUUUAGGGAAAACUUUCUAUUUAUCCAUAUUUGUACCAUUAAAACAAUAACAUUAAAAUCUGGGACAGUAUACACCAAGACUAUCCACCUUUUUAGCAUGAAGGGCGACAUACCUUUCAAUAACUGAUGAGACUGCUUCAGGACUGCUGUACAACCGAUAUUCAACUGCUGAAAAGUACAACUCAUAAGAUGGUUUGAAGGUUAAGUAUAGCAACGUAUCCAUGAGGCUGUAAGCCAUGUGUGUUGAUGCAAGGUUGACACACUUAUUCUGUGGGCACCAAAUUUGGGCAUUGCCUGCAAGCAGAGUUACAGUGCCAUGUCUCUCUUCCCUGCAGCGGUCCUCAUUCCAUACCCCCAAAUGAAAGUAUGCAAAGUGCUAGCAAUCAAUAUCAGAUGUAAGAACAUUCAGCAGUUAUCUUAUUUAAUACAAACUAACAUAAUACUAAUAGCUGCUAAGAAAACGAAUUCUGAGAUUGGACCAAGUUAAAAACACAGGAGACACCAGACCAAAAUAGAUGUAAAUUGGGUGCCCUGGUAGCCUUUAUACUAGGUCUAACCCCUUUUAUUUUACCAGUUUAUGUUUUUGUUUAAUAUGAUUGAUGGCAAACACCUCUUCCAUAGCAUAGAUUAGUUUCACCCAGGACAGAAUGGUUUCCGUGCUUCAUUUCCAGCUUUUAUAAGAUUUCUCAAAAGGUGUGGGUGAACUGGCACGAUUUAAUAAAGUUUCUCACAAACUGUGUUCCAAAUGUGUUUAUAGCACUGGGCUGAAUGGCUGGACUCCUACCAAACGCCCACAGUAGGUUGUCAACUCUUCCCACCCUCCAUCACAGCAGCAGAGUAGCUAAAGCUACAUAGAAUUGGACCUUGUUUGAAGCCAACACUGCUUGUAAUUCAAGUACUUUUGUGGCAUGGCUUAGAUAAGACUAUAACAAACUCAAAGAGUUGUUUAUGAUUAAAGCAGAAUUUAGUUUCUUAUGUCUUGCAAUCACACCAUCUGUAACCUUAACUACCAUAUUGUAGAAUUUCCCAUAGUUUCAGUUUUGCAUGAUUUCUCUAAUCACAUGGGGGAAUUUUUUUUUUUUUUAAAUUUAAACACAUUUUGCAUGUUUCACUCUCAGCUGAUAAAUGUGACAUUUUCCUUUGUGUUAUAUGUUGCAGAUUUCCU